AUGAAUGACCCUCCGCUUGUAUACAAUUGCAUCAAAUACAUUCUUGAAAGCAACCUGGUUCUGCUUAACACUUGAUUUAAAAAAAAGGAAGGGAGGGAAAAAGGAAAGGCAGCCGCUUCGAGAGAGGGUGUAUGCACUUUUUUUCCCCUUUUUCUUUUUUAUAUUCUUACAUUCCUGGACACCAAUCAAAAGAGCAAAUCACGGGAGGUGGAAGAGGAGAGAGAGAGAGAGACAGAGAGUGGUGAAAACUUUGCACACAUACCAAAAAAAAAAAAAAAGCGUACAGACAACUUUUCCCACCUAACACCCAGCAAACACAAACCAAAACAAAUAGGGAAAAGGGGGGAGGGAAAAAAAGGAACGGAACCGGGGGCAGAGCCAGCCGGGGAGAAAGGCAAUUUUUUCACUCUGCGCCAGGAGCUUCGGAACAAAACCGUUUGCCUGCUAACCCGCAGCGUCGCCCCCAGCCCAAACUCUGAGUCUACUAUGCUAUGUGUUGCUGGGGGGGGUCCAGGUAAGGGCUCGCAUCUCAUUCAGUUUUGAGAGGGGGGGUGGGGCGGCGGGGGGUUCUUGCCAUGCGCCUCAUCUUCCCCCCACCCCAAAACCGCUGCUGAUUCUAAUUUGAUUUGAUUAAAACGUCUGUCUGGCUUUGGGACUGAUUUAAGACUUUCCCUUUGCCCCCCCUUCUCUCUUUUUCAUGCAUGUUUGUGAUUACUGGGGGGGGGGGAGAGAAGGGGAGAGAGAGACGCUGCUUAGUAAGGGAAUAACAUCCAAAACUGACAGAGGAAAAUCAAAGUCACCAGCAUUUUAGACAAGGGCUAUAAUGGGUUACCACCCCCCUUGUCGUGCUUUAAGUGCUGCCCCAGCACAGAAAGAAAGUAUGUUUGGUUACCAAAAUAAAGGUUUGUUUGUUUGUUUUUAAACAAAGAACAGGAGAAGUGAAAGGGGAGGGGGGAACCACCCUGAAGCAAGUUUUUUUUUGCAAAGAACGAGGAAACGUCCUUUGCUCCGGCGGAUGGAGGGGGGGGCACAAAACCCUAGGAAGUGUCCAGUCUUCCUAAAUAAUGUUAGGGGUUUUUGUUGCUGUUGUUGUUAAUCCUUAGAGUUUUAACAUUUGCAGCCGGUUAACAAAACUUUUCUUGCUGUUACUUUGAAAAGGUUGGAAAGGAGUUGCGGAGGGGGGCGCGAUUACUUGGAAUGAGAGAACUUUUUCCUGCAGGGUGUAAUUUUUAUAAGCAAUGGGGGUUUUGUGUUUUGCAGACAACACCCCAGGCUUUCUGGGAGAGGGCUUGUGUUUAAAAUAAAAUAAAAAUGUAAAAACAAGCCUUAAAAGGUCAAAAGUGGUUUGUUUCCUGGACUGGCUCUUUUGACAAUCACGCUGUUUGGGGGAGAGGGGAGUCUCUUGCUCCCACAGUGUCAGCUAUUUUAAAAAGAAAGAGCAAACAAACAAAGCAAAACAAAAACAGAAAAAUCUUUGGGAUUUUUUCUCCCUUGCCUGGAUGCUGGAAAAGGCAAAGCAGGGAAUGUGGAGGGGGAUAUGCCGGAAAAUGUGAGGCCGAGGAGACCAGUAGACAGGCAUACGCAGAACUUGCUCUUUCAUGUCUCAAAUGAACAACAGCCCAAAUUCUCACUGCUAGGUCUGUUGGGGAAAGAUGCUGCCUAUCGGCUUGGGUCUCUUUACUGCCGGUCAGUUCUGCUCCUUGGCUGAGAUAGCCAGGAAAAGUGAAAAGGCAUGGGAGGGGGGCAGCGCAGGCAGGGAGGGAGAGAAUAGAGCUAAAACUGAUAGACGCAAAUGGUUCUAUCACUCCCAUCCAGCAGCUGCAGCUAGCAGCCUGGGACUAGGCAUCUUUUUAAGGGAUUUCUCUCCAGAACAGCCCAAAUUAGAGAGGGAUCCUACCCAGCAAUAGCUGUCAAAGUGCCAUUUGUUGGCUCUUUUUGCUUUAAAGCAGAAAGCUGCUUAGAGUUGGGUAGCGGGGGGGGGGGGAGAGGGAAGGAUGCUGCACAGGAGGGAACUGAAUGGGGUAGGUGUGACUAGAAAGGGCAAUGGUGUGCUGGGAAAUGGCACAGAUGCAUGCAUGUGAGAUUAUCUAGAGGGAUGAUGUUUCUGGAAAUGAGUUGAACCCUGUUUGCCUGCUGCAUAGUUGGGCACCAGUGCAGGCUGGCAAGCAGCAGGCAACACGGCCCCCUGUUGUGUGCAAGAGGGGAUGUGGGAGCCCAUCCUCCAAACAGACAGCCAACCGUCACACCUGAAAAGGCUCUAUGCUGUGGAAUACCAUGGCUGCAGAUCCACUGUACUCAUAGGAAGGUCAACCUUAGCUUAUAUGUGCAGGGAUAAAAAGGUGGCUGGAAUACAAGAUCACUGCUAUGGAGGGAGCAUCUCAAAAGAGAGGCUGGGACUAUCCCAGGGAAAGUAUCCAGGCAUGUUAUGGAGCCACAUGUAGAUUGGAAUAUACUCCCUAGUUAAGGACCAUACAUACUCCUCAUGCUCAAAACAGCCAUGUACAUCCAUAUGCAUGUCCAUGGCCACACCAAUGCAUCUCCUUUCCUACAGAUGCUCCUCAUUAAAUUUGCUGCUCAGAGGUAAUGGGGCUGGGAGCCUUUACUAUUGGCUUAUUUUCCAUUUCCAACUGUCCAUCCCAAGUUGGCAAAGACAUUAAGAGCCCCCAAAAGGGUCAGCUUUGAAUGAGUUUUGUUCCUGGUGUUGAUGAAUAGCAAAAUCAUUGCUGUGAACUGCAUGUGGAAAGGCCAACUACUCUUGUCGUUCUCUUAUUAGGAGCCAAAGUGUUUUAUUGUACUGCCCGGUGGCUUAGUGGAACACCUUUUGAAAAAGCACAUACAUGGUUGUCUGCAUAAGGAUGUCCCCUCUUGCGAAUGGCAGCAUCUGAGUAAGCUCUGGCCCUGCUGAGGACAAAAGUGGGGGAUGGAAUUAAUUUCAGUGCGUGAGAAGGGUAGAAAUCUGUGUGAGAUAGGGCUUGCUUAGUAUAACAGUGUGGCUAUAUAUAACUAGUAAACAGGCAGAAUGUAAACAGUCAGUGUAAGGAUAGUAAGGUAUGAGACAGGAUGGGCACUAAAUUCAUGCAUGUAAACAGUCCUAUUCAGAAACAUAAUACUUUUAACAGCCACGUUGCUUAAUACCUAAAACGAAGGAUGCCUGGAGCCCUUUGAGGACAAUACACCCUAGCAUGCAAUCUAAGCCACUGUCUUCCUGACAGCUACUUCAUAGGUUUCACACCUGAGGACUGGAAAGCCAGUCUUGAGUUGGUGUACAAGCACACCUUCACCCAUUUGAGUGCUGCCACAAGCUACUGGGGUUGCCCCACACAACUUUCAUCUAGGGAAAAUGGCACACUAGAUAGAAACGAGACUAGGUCUGGCUGUGGUCAGAAGGCACAUUGGACCACGUCCUUGCUGAAGCUAAGCAGGUUUGGGUCUGGUCAGUGCCUGGAUGAGAGACCACCUGGGAAUCCCAUGUCCACUGCCUUGGGUUCCAUGAUGGAAGAAAAGUGAGAUAUAACAUAAACCUUGGCUGUGAGCACUACAUUGUACAGUACAACUUGCCCAGUAAAUGGGCAACAGAGGAAGUCUUGCCACUGUCUCAGUCUGGGCCUGCACUGUGCCUUAUAUCAGCACUGGCUUCUUUCCCACAAUAAGAUGAGUUCAAGGCAGCCUCAGAGUUCUGACAGGUAGACCUCCUGCUGUCCAGCCCCGUGGGUUCGAACACAUCUGUGUAAGCGCACCCGCGUGCACACACACACACACACACACACACUUCCACGUGCAUGCCCUUUCUGUACAGAUGCUCCUCAUUAAGUUUGCUGCUGGUUUAGGUUUGCUGAUCUUAAGCCUGCAGCCAGGAAAUUAAAGAGGGGAAAGGGAAAAGUUAUAGGGAAUGGUUUGAAGGUUCUGUGUGCUAUUGCGACAAGACAGUAAAAGGCUUAUAUACGGAAAGCGGCACAAAUGAGGCUCGAGUAGGACAUUUUGAGAGACAGGCUUCAGUUUUAGGGGCACAUAUAGACAGCCGUUUCCCACACUCCUGGCUCAGUACUGUAGUGCAGGGAUGGCCAAGUUCUGUGUUCUCAGGGACCACUCUAUUCUCCAGGCAGUAGUCCGGAAACCGGAAGUAUAGUUUGAUGCACAGCCCGACCUCCUCACAGGUGGCCAGGCUUUACAAUUCAGCCUCUGCAUAGCUAUCAGACGGGGCACUGUUUAUAACACCCCCUCCCAAUAAUCACAUUUAAAGCAUGGAAUAACUCACAUAUCUUGCAACAUUUGCAAACAAAUUUCCUCUCCUUGCAUAUGAAACCAUGGGCAAAAUGCAUACCACAUGGUUAGCAUUUGGCAGGGCUGCCAAGAGCCUGAUAAAACUGUUUCACGGGCCAGGUCUGACAUCCAGUGGAGCAAAUGCUUUCUCCCCCAUGGAUCCAUGCCAGGCCACCCACAUGCUUUCUGUGAGAAGGUCCUGAUCCCAUGCAGGUUGCAGUCAGUUGUGCAGGCCAACAGGGGCAGAAAUGCUCUGGUGGGAUUUAGAUACAGUACGGAUGGAGAAAGCUGUGGCCCUCCAGAUGAUGUUGGGACUCCAGCUCCCAUCAGCCCCAGCCAGCAUGUUCAAUAGUCAGGGGUGACUGGAGCUGCAAUUCAGCAGUGUCUGCUGGGCUACAGGUUCCCCAUCCCAACAUACAGGGAGAAAGCCUGUCCAGCCACUAAAUUAGAUCCAGCCAGAUGUUCUGUUAUACUAUGUGAACUGAAGACACACUAAAAAACUGGAAGGUAGUACAAAUUCAAAAAGAACCUUAUAAAAACUGCAACCUUCCCACCCCCCUGCAAUCCCCAAGUCAUGGUGAUUUCAGUCCAAACACAGACACCCACUGCCAGUUAGUAACUCUAUUCUCAGAACUACUAAGGCCAAGUCCAGGUUCAAGUUUUCCUGCUGUUAAGACACCCUACACACACACACCCAAGAUCACAGAAGUAAUGAAAUAACCAGGAGUUGUGGUGACAAUUUCCCCUGGCUUGCGAAAGAGGUAGCAAUCUAUUCCUUCUUUAGACAUUUACCUCCCAAACUUCAGGUAUUUGUUGUUGGGAUAGAUGCAGGAAACAAAGCAUUUAAGCACAGUCACAAAAAGGAGGACUUUCAACAAACAACAGGACAGGUGGCCUAUUGUGUUGUAGCCUAGGAAGAAACUGGGAAAUAUUAGGAAUAGAAUCAGCCUCAGAAUGAGAAUAUAAAUAGACUGCUCAUGUAAGCCAGGGAUGGCUAACCUGUGGUCCCCCAGAUGCUAUUGGACUGCAACUCCCAUCAACCCUAACUAUAGGCUAUGAUGGUUGAGGGUGAUGGGAGUUGAGGGUAGUCAAAGGCAAGAGAGAUGCAUGGCAAAGGAGUCAGAAGACUGGGUCUUGAAUCAGCAUGCUAAACAGUAGUACAGAGGCAAGGAUGGGGCCAUGGAUGGAGCGAGGAAAGUAUCACACAGGUAGAGAAGGCAAUACUGUAAUAAUCUGGGCCACAAGCAAGAACUUUGGAUACUAGCCCAGAAGCUGCGGAUGACUUAGUCACUAGAACGUAAUCGCAAAGGGAUGCUUGAGGUCUUGAAAGGAGGCUGAGCAAAAUGCAUCAUGGUACCCUGACUAUAUAUGGGAAAAUCAAACUCCAUUCUGACCACACUGGAUUUCAGGUCGCUCAUGAUUGCAAAGCUAUACAGCCAACAGCAGAAAAGAAAAACCUGGUGUGAGUGGCAAGUUCGUCCAGUACUGGGGCACAGAGGAGCCUGAGAUGGAGCUCUAACAUUCCUGACAUGAAAGGGGAGGAAGCUACCAAGUGUAGUUCUAAAGGUGUGACCUGACAGAUGGGUGUGCUGGCAAUGGAGUCAUUCAGGAGAUGGCAGACCUUCAAGGGAAACUGAUCUGAAAGGAUGUUUAAGGGAGAUGAGGGCAAAGUGGUGUUUCUGAGUUUAGAGCAGUAGGAGGUGAUUUUAGAUGUUACAUCAGCUGUUUUGGGGAAAACUCUGGCUGCAGUCUGUAUGAAUGAAUAAUGAGUGGAGGAAGACAAAAAAGUGAAUCAAGGCUUUCUUGUGGAAUCUUUAUCUGCAACAGGGAUAAGAAAUGUGGCCCUCCAGAUGUUAUGGGACUACAACUCCCAUCAUCCUUGGCCACUGCUUAUGCUGGAUGGGACUAAUGGGCACUGGGAGUUCAAAACCAUCUGGAGGACCAAAUGUUUCUCAGUCCAUGAUCUACAGCAUCUGAACCCUGCUUACAAGGACAGUUUGAAAAAGGUGCCGAGGUCUAGUCUGUGUGGAUAGCAGUCUCCUCAUGGAUACUGCAGAGUGAUUGCUAUUUUCUUAGUAUGGACAGUUCCUGUGCAGUGAUUUCUCAUUUAGAUUCUAGGAAUCUCAGUGGAGUGCUAUUUACUGCAAGUAUCCCAAGUGCAUUUUUUGUGCUCUGGCAUAAAAGCUCUUUGGUAUAAUUGACGUUGGCUAAAUUGCACAGUGCUGACAUACCAGUUCUUCAUUAUUCUGCCCACAAGACUCUUGAGAGCCCUCUUGGAAAUUUAACUGUGUCUCCCCAUUAAUAGCCCCAGGAACACCAGAUUCUCUGCCAAUCCCUGUGUCUAAUAUAGGAAGGACUCAAAUUAAGGCUUCCCAUAUUAAGAUUUCUUUAAAUGAAGCGCUCACAGACCACUAAGCCAUUCCCUGCCACAAAUGCUUUGAAAUCCCAAGGGGGAACAACCUGUCAUAAGCUCUUGCCAACAGCUUAAUUCUUCCAGGAGAAGCCAGCUAGAAAAAGAAAAGCUCACAAACUUGAAAGGUGAUCAGCCUGCUUUAAACUUGUAGCAUUAGGGUGACCAGCAAUCUUGGAGCAUUUCCAUGGUCAUGAAAAUCCACAAGGCACCUCUGUAGUUUUCUGUGAUCAAAGAAUAUGCUGCACCCCUAAAUGUGAAUCAUUUCAGGGAGUUUUGUCUUCUAUUUCUUGCAUUGGCUCUAAAUUUCACAGCUGGGUACUUGAGCAUGGCUAAAUGCUAUUCAUGCCUGGUCAGGAUAGGACACCACAGACUAUGUUCUUACCUGUCUCAAUAACCAGAUGGGCACUAGGAAUUAUAGUGUUAGUAAUCUCCAUUCUGCAUAGUAUUAACACAUGAUGGCUUUUGUACAGAACCCCAAUGCAUGCAGUAAGGUGCCCUCAAUAUGACUUUCUGCUCUGACUCUGGGCUUUUCCUACUGCCUUCCUUUCAGCCUUGAUACUCUUGUAAGCUCACAUCACAGUUUUGUACCGGGCCAAACUGGUUUCAAUGCAGCUUAGCUCAAUAUAUACUUUGGCUCCACAUGUUCCCAUAUUCAACAGUAGAGUCAAACACCUAAAAAGCCUGUGUCAGAAAAACUCUUGUCAACAACCAUAUCCAUAUAUAUCUUACAGGCUCAGGACAGUUUUGAGAUCACGCAGCCAAUAAUAUUUCAUGUUUACCCAGAAAUAAAUCCAACUGAGCUCAAUGGUGCUUAAAAAAGGUAAAGGGACCCCUGACCAUUAGGUCCAGUCGUGGCUGACUCUGGGGUUGCGGCGCUCAUCUCGCUUUACUGGCCGAGAGUCAUGUGGCCAGCAUGACUAAGCCACUUCUGGCGAACCAGAGCAGUGCAUGGAAACGCCAUUUACCUUCCUGCCGGAGCAAUACCUAUUUAUCUACUUGCACUUUGACUUGCUUUCGAACUGCUAGGUUGGCAGGAGCAGGGACCCAGCAACGGGAGCUCACCCCAUCGCAGGGAUUCGAACCACCAACCUUUUAAUCGGCAAGUCCUAGGUUCUGUGGUUUAACCCACAGCGUCCCCCGCGUCCCCCAAUGGUGCUUACUUCCUAGUUAAUGCAUGCAUAGGAGUCACUUCAAUAUACACCCUAGGCUGCAAUUUCAGGAUUGUUUCAGAGAAACAUCUGUCUAUUCUCAAAAGCUUUCCUCUUACCAAUCCUAUCCCUGAAAUGGACUAUUCUUUUGCUAUCAGCCAGUUUUCCCAAUCAAUACUUCCCUCCUAAGAAUGUCUCGCUAUAAAACCUGAUGCCAACUAACACCUCACCAUAUGCAGCAACUGAAAUAAAGCAUUUCCACACUCCCCUUGUUCUCUGCACGCCUGAGGUCUUUCCACUGAUACAGUUGCUUUUCCCUCAGUGGAAAUCUUAUUACACAUCAUCCUGCAGGAAGCCUCUUUGUUAUGCUAAGAUUGCAAUCCUAAAUUCAUCUAUUAAGAGUAGGGCUGCAAUCCUAUGCACAUUCACCCCAAGUAAACAUGUAUAAAGUUUGUGGUGCAAGUUCCACUGAACUAAGGUGGACUUGCUAAGGAGGAGUAAGCAUGCAAUAGACUUGAGUAAGCACACGUAGCCACCUCAUGAGUUCUGAGUGGUCCAUGCAGUGAUGUUCUUGUAAUCUCAGGCAUUUACUAUCCCACACCGAAAUCCUUUAAGCACAGAUCUAAAAAGAGGGAAGUUAAAGGUGCAGAGUUUGGCACUUUCUGUGUUGAGUUGGAACUGCCAAACUCCUUGGCUUGCACCCAAAUCUGAAAUUAUUUUUGCAUUGUGCAGUCUAGACAUGCUCUCCUCAACUGUCCUCCAGGGGCACUAUGCACACUUGGUGGCCCUGCUCACAACUUUUGGGCCUAGGCAAACACUCAGCUUGUUUGGUUUUUAUGAUAGAGGCCAGGCUCCUAUCCCAAAAAGCAUCUCAUUUUACCAUUUGAUCUGAUGCCACUUCUGAUUCUCUCACACACAGGAGGCUUGAUGUGGCAAUAUUAUUAUCAUCCUCAUUGUCAUCUAAUUUAUGUACCACUUAGAUAUCAAAUAUAAAAUCAAUACAUAAUCAAUACAUAAUUAAAAUACACAAUAAGUAUUCCAUUGUAGCACUUGAAAAAGCAAAACAAAAGCCCCUAUUGAAACAAAAAAAUCACAAGAUCACUUCUGGGGAAUGCUUGCCUAAACAGGUGUGUCUAAACAGCAGGCUUGUGGUGGUUACAGUGUCCGACUGACUGAGGCAGGUUGUAACAACAUUUUAACUAGAAAGAGCUCUGCUUGAUGGAAAUGGAAUGGUGGACCUUUUUCACUGCCAUCGCUAUGUGAUAGUUGCAGAUAUGCAUUCUAACCACUGUUCAGCCUGCUACAGCUGUUAUCUGGCCUCUUUUGUUGCUCGUAGCUAUGAAGAGAACUGAGGAGCAGAAUGAGCUCUGCAGUGUCAGACCAGACACACUGAAGCGACUGUGUCAACAGGCCUCCUCACCCUAAUGUUCUACAAUUAGGAAACAGGCUCAACAAAAUUACCAAAAUUGGCUACUGGAAAAUCCUCCAGAGCACUCAGGAAUCAAUCAGAUUUCAUAGGUCUCAAAGCGCAUGCCGUCCAAAUUGGCCCCUCCCCACAACAAAGGGAUCAAUAUGCAAACCACCAGCCACUCACCCUGAAGUGACGCCUAAAGCUAAUGUGUGUCCUACCCUGUGUAUUGGUCCAUUGACAAUUUGGGACAGGCCCAUGAAGGCCCAAACUGGACCAGACAAAGCAACCUUGGCAUGAAUGUUGAGGUCAUGCAGAACCACUGUCCUGGGGUCCCCCAACACUGGACUUGAGACUACCUUAGACAGCCACUGGGCAACAGGGUGGGCACUUGAACAACAGCAUCCCUAAUCUCUUCCACUGACUCAACUACAGGUACAGGUUUCCAAGACCUAUUCCAAGACUAUGGGGUAUUCUGGCAAGCUGCAUAGAUGUCUUACGGACCUCAGUGACUCCCCCAAUCUGGCCUUCUAACUUUUAUAGCCUUAGUGCAUCCAGGUUCACUAAACAGCUUGUCAAAGUUUCUGCUAAUGGCUUCUGCAUGGUGCUUUGUAGGCAAAUCUGUAGGAACUAAGCACACAGCUAAGUGAUUUGCAUGGAAUGUGUGCAUCUAACCCCUGUAUUGCACCCCUUGUGUUUUAUACUUCAACCCCUAAGCUUCCAACUCAGCUGUCCAUUCAGCUGUCUUCCCUUCUCACUUGACCUCAUCUGUUCUCACAUCCUUUGCCUCAAUUCCCCAUUCUGCCCUUGUUUGCUGCUGCCUAUAAGUGUGGGUGGUCACUGACUAUCCUCUGCCUGUUCUUUUGCUACAGGUAUUUAACUUUAGGAGCUGUUCACAAACUGUUGUUGAACUUCUAAGUAUACUUGACAGGAAACAAGUCUCAGUGAAAUCAGUAGGGUUUGGUUCCAAGUAAAUGUGAUUAAGAUCAGGCUCUAAGUUUGACAAUAAAUGGUUAAAAAUGUGUUGGAGGACCCAGUAAAGUUUCUUAUGUACAGUAUUCUAGCACAUGCUCUGUUGUGUGCCCAUUUGUAAACAGCUGCAAGUUCCUUCGUGGGCUAUAUAACCUGCAGAGUCUCCCAUCCAUCUAGGAAUCUCCUUCUGUGCCUCAUUCAUUUUCACACUUUUUCUGUUCCCUGUCACUUCCUACUUCACCCUACACUUCUCUCUCCCGGAGUGAUGCAGCUUACCUCAGAAUGGAAAAAUCCUUACAAAGCACAGCCACUGUCUGGUUAAUUUCAUUGUCCGCUUUCUUGCACGGCCUUGACUCUGUCAUUAUUGAUGCAAACAAGUCUGCCGGCUGUUUGGGGCUCCCCAGUGUCAUCAGCAGACUCCUCCAUUUGCUCAGCCCGGAGUAUGCCUAAGGGAAUACACAGAUGUAAGGACAAGCAGGGUACACAACCAACAUCACUCCAGCCCACCCAGCCCCUACUUACUGAAGGCAUGGGGGAACUUUGUUCCAAUCCCGUCAGCUGAAGAUUCAUCAGAAAACCUAAACAAUGUAUUUUAUUUUGCUCAGCCUCUGUUCUGUAAAAUGGAAUUAAUGAACAGCCCAACUCAUAGGUUGUUUCCAGACUAAAAGUAGAAAUGGUGAUAGAGGCAUCUGGCUCUCUAAAAGUGGUGCUGGUUCUUUGCCAUGCUCCAUACACCAGCGUCAGGUGUCAAGUCAUUCAUAGCCCACUAUAGGAGACACUAUAUAAUUCAUAAAGGUUGAUAUUCUACUCAGUAGAACCAGCAGAGUUAUAAGACCUUGGAUUACUAGCUGAAAUUUUCAACAUUGUACCACAUUGUAACAAUGCUCAAACAUACUAAUAUCUGUUCUACUUUCUUGGACCUUUUCAUAGGACAAUGAAGAAGAAAGUUGAUAAUGUGGGCAUCUAAAUUUUAGAUGUGUGCAAUGGGGCAGUUCACUGUUUGUCUGAGCAGAAUGGGAAGUUCACAUGUCUGCAGACUUAAGCUUCCUACAGACACCCCUGUGCAUGCACACACACUUUUGAGGCUUCCUGCAACUGCAGCAUAUUAAAAACAAACUUUAAAUCAAGCAGAGAAAAUGAUAGGUGUCAGACAUCGGGUUUUCUUAUGUGAAACUUUUAUAUGUUAGUAAAAAAGAAAGAAAGGUAAAGGACCCCUGGACAGUUAAGUCCUGUCAAAGGUGACUAUGCGGUGCGGCACUCAUCUUGCUUCAGACCGAGGGAGCUGGCGUUUGCCCACAGACAGCUUUCCAGGUCAUGUGGCCAGUGUGACUAAACCACUCCUGGUGCAACAGAACACCUGGAAACGCUGUUUACCUUCCUGCCACAGUGGUACAUAUUUAUCUAUUUGCACUGGUGUGCUUUCAAACUGCUAGGCUGGCAGAAGCUGGGACACAGUAACUAGAGCUUAUCCUGCCUCACAGAUUCAAACUGCUGAUAGUGGUUUAGACCACAGCGUCACCCGCUCCCUUGGGUACCAUGGUACUUAGCUAAGUCAUUGAGAUAGCUUAUGGCAAAGGGGGUGCCCUCUCAGUUUCAGGGUAGCACUUUAAAUGUCAUACGGUAUUAAGUUAUCCAGAGUUUCUACUGCAGCCUAGUUCUGAACACAUAUGUAAGACUCUUCCUUCAACCUUUCUGAAUAUACAGAAUGCUUUCAACAUUUCAUAACCACUCUGAUUUUGCACAGAAGCAAGGUUAAAGGUGCUAAGGAUACAUAUAUAAUCUUACGUACCCUAAGUAGUGAUGGGACGCGGGUAGCACUGUGGGUUAAACCACAGAGCCUAGGGCUUGCCAAUCAGAAGGUCGGCUGUUCAAAACCCCACGACAGGGUGAGCUCCCGUUGCUUGGUCCCUGCUCCUGCCAAUCUAGCAGUUCGAAAGCAUGUCAAAGUGCAAGUAGAUAAAUAGGUACCGCUCCGGUGGGAAGGUAAACGGCGUUUCCGUGCACUGCUCUGGUUUGCCAGAAGAGGCUUAGUCAUUCUGCCACAUGACCCCGUUAGCUGUACGCCAGCUCCUUCGACCAAUAAAGCGAGAUGAGCACCGCAACCCCAGAGUCGUCCGAGACUGGACCUAAUGGUCAGGGGUCCCUUUACCUUCACCCUAAGUAGUACAAAUCCACUCUCCAACAUGCUUCUGCUCCACUUGCAAUCCUGGGUCAACUCCAAUGUGCCUCUGGCCCAUUAAUGAACUCAUUUCCCCCUCCAUAUUACAUUAAAUUGGUUUCUGCCUCUUCCCUACCUCACCUUCCAUUUGCUAAUUCCUCUUAGUCUAGGGGUGCCCAAACUUUUUUCAAAGAGGGCCAGAUUUGAUGAAGUGAACAUGUGCAAGGGCUGACCAAAGUUGUUGAACUUUUUUUAGGGUUUUACCCCAGGACAUAUACUGCCACGGGGGGCGGAUAAAAUUGACCUGCAGGCCGGAUUAGGUCCCCAAAAUGGACUUUGGACAUGCCUGUCUUAGUCCUUCCCUUUGUGUGUGAACCAGGAGAGGACUGGUGUCUACCCCAGUUCACUGCAUCAAAGGCUUCCUUUCAAAGUAUUAUGCAUACCUGCAAGGUGAAAAACAAUUGCUCUCUUUACACCCUUUCCUCUCCCAGUAGUCUCUUUCACUCUGGAGAUUUAGAUUUAGAUUAAGCCCUCCCCGCUAAACAUAACGGCAAUCAGUUGCUCCUUUAAUUUUUUUCGAGGGUGAGGUGGGCAGAGUGCUCUCUUGUACUGACUCCUAAAGACAGGGCGCGUAUUUCCUUGGCCUGCUGCUCUGACUUUCAGCCUCGAGUAUCAAAAAAUAUUUGCGAAGGCAAAAAUAAAACUUCCUUAUCACGUUAAUCAUAGACGGGACCUUCCUCCCAAGAUAAAUCUGCUGGGACUAGUCUAUUAUCUUUUCCAUGUACCUAUUCGCUUAGAAUCCAUAAAAUAAAACGUCUGGAGAAAUGCUGCGAGAAUCUUCCACGGUGAGCUUUCUGGGCUCACCAUACGCAUUCCCCGUAACUCCAGCCGCCAUUAAACAACCCGACUAACUCUUCUGGUCUGGUUUUUAGAGGGCUUUUUAUACUGGCGGCCGCUUUCGAAGUUCCGGUAACAAAGCGGGAUACAAAUCUUAAAAUAAAUGAAUACAGCUCGUUGACUGCAAUGGCCGCGGAAAUUCAGCGCCCCACAAAUCAGUUCCCUUCCUCCCUCUCCCGUAUCUACCACCUUUUCUGCAGGCCGCAAUCACGUCCUUAUCUAGCCUGAUCCAACUUCUCUUUUGUACGUAAGGGAGAAAAAGUAAAUGCACCCCCUUCCCCGGUGAAGAAGCUCUUUUCUUCGGAUCGCAUUCUAAAAAGUUGCAAAAAUGCGCUGCGGCCCCUUUCCGCCAUGUUUCGAUCGCUUCUUCCCAUUCUCGCCUCAGGGCCACCCUAAUCUGUGCCCAGCUUGCCGUCGUCCACACCCCUCGACCCCUUCAGCCUCCCCCCACCACGCCACGUAAAAGUCUACGGACAGCUUUGUUGUUUGUUUUGGAACCAACAUCGCCUGCAACUCUGGAAACUCGACCCUCCUCCUUCUCCUCUCGCCCCCGCCCCGCCCAGGCUCUCACACCAUAACAUGUGGGGCUGAGCUGUUAAAAAAAAAAACAACCUACGUCGGGGCUCCCGGCACCGCGGGGCUCAGCCAACCCAAACAGAAAAGGGAGUGAGUCACAAGCGAGCAACACCCCCCACCCCAAUCGGGUUCACCACCGUCCGUUUUCAGUUCAUCUCAAUGAUGCCUCACUCUCUGGCCGAGAGGUGUACAAAUCAGGUAAAUGCUCUUAGGGCUGUUUUCAAUCCACACCCCAUAAAGUCGAUCCCUAUUCCCUAAGGUUGAUCUACUGUGUCCCCCCUUCCUCACUUGACUGGUGAGGAGAUACUCUACAUUGCUAUCUUCUGGAAAUCAGGCUUUUGGAAAAUAGAAGGAAGAAAAAAAAUUGAAAUAUAGUAGCAAACCUCUUGGAUUCCUAGGUGAAGAGUUGUUUUCUUUCUCUGGUUUAUUCAUCCAGGCAACACAGGAGUUUUGAACUCCUUUGCGUUUAAAGGAUCCUGUCAUACAGAGCACUGCAACCCUUUGCACUCAUAGCCAGGAGUAAGGCCCAUAGCAGGACUUGCUUCUUCUGGGUAAACGUGUAUAGGAUUGCUAUGCAAAGGUACAGUCCUGUAUUCUCCAGUCCUGGGAGAAAGACCCACUGGAACUUGAUAGAACUUGUUUCUGUGUAUAGGAUUGCCUUAUGAGGCUGCAAUCCUAAACACACGAGGGAGUAUGCCUCAUGGAACACAAAGGGGCUUACUUCUGAGUAAACAUGCAGAGGACUGCGGCAUAAAAGACUCUUGUGUUUGCUGCAUCAGUAAUGUGAAUGGCUACUAGAAAAUGCAUCUUUAUUUAAAGAUUGUUCUCAUCUGCCUUCUAGACUGCAUUUACAACAUUCAAACGUGCACAUAAAUAGGGUGAGGGAGACUCAGGGGUGCAGAACAGUCCAGUGCUUGCUUGCUCAGAAUUAAGUCUUCCCUGAAGCAAAGCAGGGUCAGGCCUGGUUAGUACUUGGAUAGGAGAAGUUGGUCCACCCAAUGAGCUUAUACCUAGGCUGCAUCCUUAGUGCCUUGUAAUGAGUGCUUAUUCAGUGGCAAAAAAUCAUGGAUAAGCACAACCACAUAUGGUUAGGAUAACUCAUGCACCAAAAAGCAAAGAACACUCAAAAUCCAGUCAUGCUUGCUGUCAAGUACCGUUGCCUUAUUUUUUUGCUGUGAUAGGGAAUCAUAGGAGACCCAUAAACCCUUAAGUGGGCAUCACAUUUAAGGCUGCAAUCUUAUGGGGAUUUGCAUUGAACUCUGUGGGACUUACCUCUCAGUCAACUUCCACAGUGGUGGUCUGUAAGGUUCACAAAGGUUGAUAUGUUAUCUUGAACAACUUGUUGAAUUUUUCUGUUCAGGCAUUUUCACCCUGUUUGGAUUGUUGGACUGUUUGCUUAUUUUCUCAUUGAGUUUUGUGCUUAAAAAAACUGACAUUCUGGAACAGGGCACUCAAAAGGCAGGGUUGCUUUUAUAGACAUGGCAUGUAUUGCCAAAGUAUAUGGAAAAGACAGGGCCAGAAAAUAAGAACCAGGGAUCUUCCCGCCACACAUUCCUUAUGUCAAAGGCCCUUUUGUUCAGUGUUCCUUUGUGCCCAUAUUACUUAGUGACAUAUUACUGUCCAGUCUGUGGUGUUGUUUUUUUAAGAGCAUAUUUUCCUAAUUACUUUUUGAUGGGAAUUAAUGUAUGUACAGUUUCUGAUAUGUGGAAGUUGCUUUCUCAUAUUUCUUCUUCUCUCUGGUCAGUUGAGGCAGGAACCACCACGCAUUAACUCUGCCAGUCAUAGCUUUGGAGAGGGCCUUGUAGCCAGUCAUGUUCAGCCAGGGCCAGUCCUACCAUUAGGACCUAAAGCAGCAGUUCAUCCUCUGAAGCCCCCAGGCUAUUUCCCUCUGUUGGAAGACAGAGCUGUGUAUGCUACCCAAUUUUGCCCUCCCUUGCUAAAUUAGCCUGCUGCCUCAGAUGUAGUAGAGGACACUAUCCCAUCAUCACUCACCGGUACUGAAGUUAGGUUAAACUACCAGUCCAGUCAGCUUCUAUACACAAAAUCAAACGUUAUCUUGUCCUUCACCUCAGGCAGCAAAAUUCUCAGGGAAGCCAGAGAUCGAGAUGCCUUCCAGCCUCUUGCUUGACAACCUCCAAUGAGGAAGAGUCUUUUCCCACUCCUAUAUAAUCACUGCCAUUGUUAAACUGUGUCACCAUCAAGAGGUGUCUCUUAACUUAAGCCUAUUAGAUCUAGUCCUUCCUUCUGGAGCAGACAGAAGUAAGGCCUUCUGGUGACAUUCUUUCAGGUAUUUGAAGAGUGCUUCAUUUACCCCCUCAGCCUUCUUUUCUCUAGGCUGAACAUAACCAGAUCCUUCCACCUUUCUCAAUAAAAUGUGCUUUGUCCAAUUUGCCUACAUUUCCAUUAAAGUGAAAGUGGGGGCAGUAUUCCAGAUUACUAGACAAGAGCCCAAGAGGGUUUAGGAACAUAAGAAGAGCUCUGGAACGUGUGAAAGAUUGAUGUAGCCCAGCAUUCAAUUCCUAGCAGCAGCUGGACAGAUGCUUUGUGAGGCCCACGAGCAGGGCUUGAGUAGCUGCCCUCAGCCAUUAUUUGGCCUUCAGAAAUUGCAAAAGGCAGAGUGAGGCAACCACCUCAGGUAGCAGGUGCUGGUCAGCAGUGUUAGCCCUGCUUGGCUGUUUUCCCUAAGCCCCUUGAGUGUUCCCCUUAGUCAGAGGAAAAGGCAAUGUGUGCCACAGGGCCUGCCCUGUGCCUCCACAAAACUGCCUGCUGCCCUCAGGCAUGGUGGAGGAUGCUUUCAAGUUGUCAGGCUGAGUGAGGUGGCUGCCUCAGGCAGCUGGGUUUGAAUGUCACAAAAGGGCUGAAAACGUUGGGUUUUAUUCAACCGUAGUGCUAUGUACCGUAAAUUUUUGUGCAAGUGGAAAUCCGCUUGACCAACAAGCCCUCUAAAUUCAUUCUGGGGCUUCUUCCAACCCUAAGGAGCAGAUUUGGGGAUGUGAAUGGUGGUGGUGGGGGGAGUCCUAUUUCACAAGUGGAAGUUGUUCCUUCCACACACGGAUCUAGUUGAAUGCUGCUCUUAAUUUUUACUCUCAGGAAAAGGUACUUGUGGGAUUCUCCACCUCAGGUGCCAAAAUAACUUGGCCAGCCUAUCAUUAAUGUGACCAGGACUUGGCGAGAGGAGUGGAUGCUGUUUUCCAUUCUGCCUCAGGCAGCGAAAUGUCUUGGGCCAGCUCUGUAUUACAGUAAGUUUCACCUGCCAGUCCAGUAUGUGGAAUUUGUGGGUGUCUGUGUGGGUGUCCAGCUUGUCUUCUGCUUCAGGCAGAAAAAUAUAUUGGGCCAGCUCUGACUUUGGGAACCACUUCAGAUGAGAGAAUGCUGUGAAGUACACUAUUGAGGGCCCUCAGAGAGCCAAAAUGGCUGUGUGUGCGUAUGUACAUUUAAAGAUAUAUAGAAAUAAAAUGGGUGUAGGGUUUCCUCACAAAUCUCUAAAUGCAUGUUUGACUGCAAAAAUUGAUGUGAAUAGGUUUCCUGUGCAAUUAUACGUGAAAUUUGAGCGUGUAUGUGUGUGCACAUGCAAAGGAAGCCUGAGGCCUGCAGGCUGAGCUUAAAGCCUGCCUUUGGAACUGAACGCUGGAAUUCUCUCACCAGCUCUGGAUUAUCAAAUCAGAUUGAUGGACAAUUGUUGGCAGAACCAUGGCAGGAUCUCCCAGUUCUGGGAAGUGACGGGAUUUCCUCCACCGCCCCCAUUUUCUCCCAUUACAUACACACGCAUGCACAUCACUACAUGCCGAGAAAGAUGCCAGUUGGAUGAAAAUGUGUUGGAACCAGUCAUGACCUUUCCCUGUGUUGGGAACAGGCACUUUCGUAAUGGGCCUCUGACGUCAGGAACCUCCGUGGUUUCUUGCGAGGCCAGAAAGGUCACUGUAUUGUUCUGGCCUGGCUCCCUCUCUUCCCUCACAAGGAAUUCCCUCCAACGAUCAGCCUCUUCCCCUGAGUCGCUCACUGCAGCCUCCUGCGUAUAUAUAUUCCUUUGGACAUCUCUCCCUCUAAUCUCACCACAUUUAAACCUCACUGUUUAGUUCUUCAGUAGCUGCCUGACUUUGGAAACCGUCUGGGCAAAAUUCAGUGGCAGAGGAUAGGAUAAUUUUGCCACAAGCUCCCCAUCUCCUAUGCUGCUUCCUCCGUGGGACCCCAUCCUAGAACCUGCCCCCCUCACUUUAGAUUGGAGAUUUGGUGGGGCUGGGGGCAGUGCUAUCUGCCCCUCCCUGCAUCAAGGUCUGUUUAGUCUGCGGCUCUAUAAUAACCCCCCUUCCUCAGCACCACUGUAAACAUCUGUCAGGGUCAAUCUAUCCCAGGGCCUUGCCAGGCAUAGCUUCCUUUACCCCUUCCCCCUCUCCUCUUCCCUCCCUUCCCCCUCAUCCUGCACCGCGCACAGACAAUAAAUCCCAGGAUCCAUUUGCUCAGGAGCUGGUGAGAGGAAAGUGGGGUACACACUUCUUUCUGUUCCUUUUCAGGUUAUGGGAUAAGACAUAAGUGUACCCUCCUAACAAUGGAAGAAUGAACAUAAGUACACCCUUGUUAUGUGAGCCAGUGACUCAUGGUGUGGUAGUAAGCAAUCAAAGCUAUUGAGUGAAUGAGGCAUGCCCCCCUCUUGAAGGUUUUUUGAAAUGCUGGCUGUAGAAUAUUUUGGCAUAGACGGUACCUUUCCGUUCUGCCUAAUGGCAAGUUCUGUGUAACUCAAAAGCUUGCAAACUCCUACACUGGCAGCAGAAGGUAUCACCUUACCUACUUUGUAACUACAAAAUAUGCAAUUUCCUGCAACUUACAAAGCAGAUGUUUACAUUUAGAUACCACAAAUCACUGGCACAUUCUUCACAAUCUCUCUCGCCAGCUUUCUCUCCCAAAUACUAAUUUUAAAGAAUGGAUACACAUUAGUAAUCUCAUUUUAGAUGCUAUCAAAACCAGCAGGCAGUAUCAGCAGUCAGACAGGGGCUAUUGGAGGUUCAUGUGAUCUUUUUUAUAACAUAAGAGUUAGCCCUGCAGCCUGUUCGUGGUGGUACAGCAUAGUAGAGAAAAGGGAUUUGAGCAUAUGCAGAGUGCAUUUCCUUCACUCAACAGUAACUAAAAUGCAACAUGUAAGUUAACACACCACAUAUCCUGGUUUUAUGAGGAAGGGUUUCAAGAAGAAAACAGGACUUUAAAAAAGGCCUGGGCUCCCACAUUUUACAUUUUAGAAAUAAAGCACUGGCAUUUCCAAGACCAGACUGCAAAUGGUCAUAUUAUUAUUUUAAGCAUAUGUGUCCUGCCUGCUUACAGUAACUAAAAUCAGAAAGAAAUGGGAGGCUUCAGGCCAUGUCGGAAAGAUAUUGGCACAUCUCUAGAGAUAGCCAUUUUGCUAUAGCUAAAACACUGGAAUGUGGGCUGAGCCCAUUCUGGGGACAUUGUUGAGGGCUGGUCUGUAGCUUGAGAAUUGGGGGGGGGGGGAGUUUAAGUAGAGUUAUUUGCAUCUGUAAUCCCAGGGACAGGUUUGCAGGAAUCAUGGGGCACAAAGGGAGCUAUUUACAGGGAGCUGAGGAUUAGACUAGCAGGAUGAGGGUGGAAUCACAGAAUGGAGUCAGAACUAUUUUUAUGGGAAGCCCUGAACUGGAAUAGAGAAGUUGGUCAGCAAGUUGGGGUCAAUGCUCAUCUGCAAGGGGAGAGAGGGUGUGCGUGGGCAAGGGCUGUGCGCAGUGCUGGAGGAGGGAGACGGCCCAUUUUUCCUCGCUAGAACAUUAAUAGUCAAUGACUUCAACCGGCCAAAUAUCCUUGUGGUGUCCAGUGAGCCAGCAGCUUGCAGACCAUAUAAAGGAUUGUUUCCCAACUUGCUACAGAGUAAGGGAAAGCUGUUGUGGACUGAGCUUGGAGUCGCCCAGCGGGGUCAGGUCACAGUGCCUGCUGUGCUGGGGAACGAAGCCCAGUACAGUACAGGCCUGGCAGACACAACUGAGGGAGGCUCAGCUGCCCAAAUAACGGGAUGCCAGGAACCGACAAGACAGUGAAUUUGUCUCCCAGAGGUUCUGAACACAGAGCAGAGCUAAAUGGCCAGUUCUUUUACUUUGCUGAGUUCCAAACAAAGCCAUCCCCAAUACACUUCAGGGAUUCUGUCAUGCAGGGGAGACCUGCAGAUUCCCCCCCGUCUUAUCAAAACACAUCAGGAACAGUGAUCUGGUCUCUCUUGUGGUGACUGGGUUGCUUAUUCUUUUGGGGAUCCAGAGUUAAUGGCUGUAUGAUAAGACCUCCCCAGCUUUUGCUGUCAUUAUUAUACAUAAUUUUUAUUGUGCUUUUGCACUGAAUGAUUUACCACCAUUAUUUUUCACUCAGUUUGAAUGCAUUGGCGAAGACCUGUUGCUAAGGAGGAGUGGGGUUUACAUGGAAAGCAAGAUCAUAUAACAGAAGUUGUACAAAAGUUACUGUUUGACACAUGUCCUUCUAGAACACUAAACAAGGCAGAAUGUCAGUCUCCUAAAGCUUUGAAGGCAGUGAAGUAUUAUAGUCCACAUGUAUGACCUUGAUUUUUUGCUCUCCUAGAAUACAUCAUGGCUCACAUAUCUCCACCUACUGACAUGAGCACUGAAUUCACUCCUCUUCUGCUCCUCCAUCUCUUUCUCUCUCUUGCCAUCACUUCUUCCAUCUGAGUUCCCCUGUGCUGCUAUGUUUCAUAAGAAACAGAAACCUUUCAGGCCUAUCUACCUUCUGGAUCUUCCUACCUGGCACCAUGGCCCCGUGGUCUUUCUUUACAGCAGGAGUGGGCAAGCUGAGAGUCACAUGUGGUGGUGACUAGACACUCAAGGACCGCUUGUCAGUGGGCAUGGCCCCUUGGCACAUUCUCUCUUUCUCACAUACAUACACAAACAAACAAACAUAGUAACACCCUGUCUCAUACUUCUUCAUCCUCAUCUGAUUUUUCUACUUGCUCUGCUUUAACACAGGGGACCACACUGCACCCAGGUAAUAAGAAACACAAAAAGGUGUAUAUUUGUGAUUGGGCUAUAAUCCUAUGCACACACUUAUCUGGAAGUAAGCCCCAUCAAUGGCACUUGCAUCUUAAUAGACAUGCAUAGAAUGAGACUGCUUCAGCCUCACACUCUCUGCCUAAGAUCUGCCUACCCUUCAGUCUUUCCUGGAAAGUCACAAAGGCUUGUACACAUUUAUUACCCUGCCCCCCCUUUUCUUUCUUAUAAACUUCUUUCCUUUAUAUUCACACUUCCCCCACCACCGCCACCAUUUGCUGCCCUUCAUACCACAUCUUGGUUUGAUAGUUAAUCAUGUGAGGAUCUUUUCUGCUCCCUCUUCCACAGCCCUCAACCAGUGCGUUUGCCCUCAUGCUGAACAACUUUGCACACAGUCUUACAUGAACUCAUAUUAAGGGACCAUAAUUUUUCACCUACCCAGUGGUUAGCUUACUGCACUGUGUUUAUUUAAUUACAUCUCUUUUGGGGAUUAUUACCCCACUCUUCAUUAACAUUUCCAUAGCAACUUUACAAAUUUCAAAGCCCAGUUAAAUAAAUUAAAAACAUACAAAUCAAAACAUUAAACAAACGGAAAUUGCUAGGAGCAGUAUAAAAAUAGAAAACCCAGCCAAUAUGAAGCACAUCAAACUAUAUUAAAACCUGAGAAAAAAAUCAAAAGUUGCCAAAAUGACUUCAUGCAAGGAUACUUGGGGAGAGCAUUCCAGUCAUGGUGCCACCACUAAGAAGGCCCUUCCCUUCAUAGCACCCUCCCUCAGAUAGUGGGUAUUAAAACCAGGGAUAGGGGGCAGUUAAACGACUCCCCCCAAAUCCCAAGUCCCCACCACAGCCUCGAACUAAGGCCAGGACAAUGAGCCAGACUAAUCUCCUUCACUGUUUACAUAAGCACCAUCCAUGCGCAACAGCAAAGCGGCUCAGAAAAGCAGUCUAUAAAAUUGUAGCAAUAAAUUGUACAAUAUAUUGUACUGUUUCCUCUGACUAUCCAAUAUAGAAAAUUGUAGGAACUUCAAAUAAUCACCAAAAUUCAACGGUUUGACCGAUUUCCUUGGUUCCAGUGGCCAAUGACUCCUCUGGAAGAGGGGAAUCCAGGACUCACCCUGCCUCCAUAAUUCCUUAAACAUAUGGUCACUUAUUCCUUGCCUCUCCGUAAGGUGUUAAACUUAGCUUUACAAUAGGAGGCAAGAGGCAAUCAAGGGCAGAAUCCCAUUGGGAUGGUGGACAGAAUCCUGAUACUUUCAAAGGAGAAGUGCAGGAAACCUUUGCAGCUAGGGGGAUGUGUAAAUACUUUUAUUGUUCUUUGCGGAAGAGGGUAGUUAAAAGUUGUUGGGAACUGGAAUGAUUGGCAGGGGUGGGUGACAGUUUCAUGUUUCUGCAUGCCAACCACUCCUCUUUCAUGACAUUUUGAUGAUCAUGUGUGUGACGUAUUAUGGAAAAGCUGGGAAAGUUUCAGAAGUCUGCGCAGCCCCAUGCUCUGGGUUCUUUCUCUUUUUGCGUUUGAGCCUUGGUUGCAACAAAUAAAGAUCAGGUCCACUGACCACUGAUUUGCUUCUGUAACUUGGCUGGAGACUCCUUUUUUGCUGACCAGAGGGACCCGUGGGGAGUGGCACCCCAACGAGCUGGGUUGUGGAGUAAGUCCUGUACCCCAGGAUUUUUUCCUUAACAGUGGGGGAACCCAGAGAAGGACCUCUGUUGAAGAUCUUAGCAUAUAGAUACUAUGAAGAGCUUUAAAGGUUAAAAAAACCCACUUUGAAUUGAGCCUGGAAACUGACCAGAAGCCAGUGGUGUGUAUUGUUUAGGGGGCAUAAUAUAAAUGAUCUGAUUGGAAAAGCACAGUUGUUAAGUCUACAUUUCUAGUGAAUUUUGUUCCUUUGUGUGUCAUAUAUAUGGCAGCCUAUCCUCAAAUAACAUGACAUCUCUCUAUGACUUUAUCCAUUCAAGAAACUCAGUUACUUCAGGAAAGACAACUCCUAAAAUGCUGUGCUGAUUGCAGGUAUUGGUCUGCAGAUAUCCCUUUUGUUCCUUACUGCUUUAUACCUCUUACUGCUGCAGAUAUUAGAUGUUCCAAAUUCUUCUUCUACAGCAGUUUGUCAUGGGGCAAAAGAUAUGAGCAGGUAGAUUUGUCCUCCAGGCAUAAUAUUUCAAAAGGUUCCUCCAAGCUGGUGUUCAGUUAUGGGUAUAUUCUGCAACAUGUUCUUGACAGAGCAACAGUGCAUUUUGUGGUGGAUUUAUUUUGCUUCAUUCUUUCUGGGAUGCUUCCCCACUGCUAACACAUUAUUGCUGUCUGGAGGGCCUGUAGCGCUAUGAAAGGGCCCCUGCCAAAAAAUUAUUUGGGUAUGAAAAUUUAGGAGAGGCCCUGAAAUGUUUGGAGGGGAAACAUUUCUGAGGCACAAGUGUGGUGGGUAGCAGGGCAUUUUUUGUCCUGUGUGGUAUCACAGAACUAACAUUGUUAGUUUCUUUUAAGUCUAGCACAGGCGAAAAAGAUAUGCUUGAGUUCAGAAAGCAGCCAAGGACUUUUCAGGCACUAUGCUGGUCUCCAUUAGUGCAGUUGUUGCUGGCUUUAAAGGGUUUGGGAUUCCUUUGAUGAUGUGUAUUUUUUCCACUUGCUUCAAAACCUGUAUUCCUUACCUGUAUUCAACAUCUGGUAAGACAUCCCUGCCGUGUUUGGGAGCCCUUCUGCUGAAUGAGGCCCUCAACUUCUCCCCUAAAGUACUCCUUUCACUGCUGUCCUUUGCAGCCACAACUUAAGAUGUGGAUCUGGAGAAAGUAUUGCUCUGUAUGUUUGCACGCACCACCUUGGGGCACUAGAGAUUGAAAUCAUCUCCCGUUUUAGUGUACUUUCGCAUGUAAUGCCAUAAAAGCCUUCCUGUCUGGGAUGCGUCACUUUUGAAUACUGCUAAUAGAAGAGAGGGUGUUUUUAAUUGAACGUAUGUUCUAGUCAGCUUUGAUACAACCUCUUUACAGUGCCGGAGCACCGUUGUUCAGCAAAGGUCUGGACUGUUUUAUGAUUCACAUUUCCCACUUCUAGUUUAUGGCCGCGGCUUCUAUAUGGUAGUGGAACCCUCCCUGUGGAACGCCCUCCCUUCAGAUGUCAAGGACAUAAAGAACUACAUAACUUUUAGAAGAUAUCUGAAGGCAGCCCCGUAUCAGGAAGUUUUUAUGUUUGAUAUUUUACUAUGUUUUAUAUAUGCUGUAAGCUGCCCAGAGUGGGGUAUAAAUAUUAUUAUUAUUAUUAUUAUUAUUAUUAUUAUUAUUACUGUUGUUGUUGUUUCUACUCGUCAGCUGCAAUGCAGAUUUGCUCCCUAGCUAGCCUACUUAGGAUUGCAGCCUUUGUUUUGCCAGUGUCGUUGAGGUGAGGUCAGGCACUCUGCUGCUUCCCAAAUGUUAAGGGGGAGACACCAACGAAAUAUGGUCAUUGCUCACAGCUCCAAUAUUGGUUCCAACUUCUUGUGCUAUAUUGUAAGUUCUGGCAGCUGGGGGGCCUCCUAAAAGGUUUGCACACCCCCUUUGCAACCUACCAUGACUUAAAACAAUGCUUGCGUGAAGGGAGCCAUACAAAGCAGGCCCAUCUUGGCCAUCAUUUGCUUAUUUCAAUGAUCGUGUUUUUGUUGAUGGCUUGGCAUCAUCAACCCCUUUCAGUUCUGUUGGUUUGAACUGCUGGUCAGGAGGUGUAUAGCAUGGGGAACAGUAGUUCUCUCUCUCUCUCUCUCUCUCUCUCUCUCUCUCUCUGUGUGUGUGUGUGUCUGUGUGUAUCUCACAGUAUAUAUUGCAGUUUUUGUGGCGGAGGAAAAGAGGUGGGUGGGAUUGUAAUAGAUCUCACAUACUAGGGCUGCAUGGGCCCCUACGUGUGUGUUUGUGUGUGUGUGUAUGUGUGUGUGUGUGUGUGUGUGUGUGAGAGAGAGAGAGAGAGAGAGAGAGAGAGAGACUGGUGUGGGGGAGAAGGAGCGGUCCAGGACUGCAGUGGGAACCAUGGCUCACUGCUCCUUGGAUCCUGCCCCCAGGGUCCCCCUCGCCUCUCCAGGCUGGGCUCUUAAAGGGAAAUCGUGGCGCCUGCACAUGCCAAGUGACCCAGGUGAAGGAACAUGUGACACCUGCUUUAAUGGGCUGCCGGCUUCCUCCGCUGAACCAGGGCCAGCUCCACUCCGGCCCCCGGCCAAGCCGGCAGGGAGGGGUCACCAGAAGGCUCACCGCAGGGGGAGGCCGAGGAGCGGAGACACGGGAGAGCCACAGCGGUGGUGGAAGGAUGGAGAAGAAGAGGCGGUGGGGAGGGAGUGGGAAUGGGGCGAGGAGGAGGAAGGAGGAAGCCCCCCGCCGCCCCGAUCCGUUUCCCCCUCGCUCUCCCAGUGCACUCCUGCCAGCUGGACACGCUCUUUCCAUUAAGAGCUGGCAAAGCUACGCAGGGAGAAACCCCCCUCCCCUCCUCUUCUCUUCUUCGCCUCCUUCCACUCCCGUUGCUGUUGAUCCAGUACAUGCAACCUCCCCCCUCCGCACCCCCAUCCCGCCCACCCAUUCUACUGUUAAUUAUUGUAAGGGGUUUAUGACAUCAGAGCUUUCUUGGCCAAUCGACCCUCAAAGUGCCGUAGUGUAAUUUGCAUGUUGCCCUCCUACUGGCCGCGUAGCAGAAGCGGGCAAGAUCGGUGGGCAAAGUCUCACCCCUUUGGGUAAAGAAGCAAGGAGCGUAAAAUCCAAUAGGGUAACCAGCAGAUUUUUUUAAAUUUUUUUUGCAUGCUGCCCGGUCCUUCCCUAAUAGCCACACAUACCAAAUAACUUUCAGCAUCCUUUUUAGCGGUCGGAGUUGCCUAACAAGACUUUUCUUCUCGUAUAGUCCUGUAUGUGUUUUCUUGGAAGGUGGAGUACAUCCUUUUGAGAUUUACUCCCAGGUAAACGUGCAUGUAUGGUAAAUUGCAGCCUCAGCAAGUCAGUCUACUAAGCUGCGUGCUGCAUUGUUUUGGGAUCCCUCUUAAUAUUUCAACCAGGACCAAUAACCCCAGAAAGAUGGCACUGCAUUAUGCUUGCUGACAUGGAACUGAUCCGAGUCAGCUGCUUUCUAUAAAAAACUACUGUGUUAACAUAGGUAGGGAUCAUCGUGUAAAGAAACUGUACCCCUGUGCUUAUCUGCGCCAUUCAGAUUGGCUUGGGAUACAGUUACCACUUUUUAAAAAAAACCAAAAAAACAAACAAACCCCAACCCCACCAGCCCUGUAUCUUUAGCAGCAACCUGAAACAUAAAUUUAACAGGUGACAUGGAAUGAUGGGCGAAGCUUUAUGUGCUAAAUUUCUGUGAGCUCGGAUGAUGAUAAAACACUUAAAAGCAGAGCCAGCAAAAAAAUAAAAAUAAAAGGUGGCAACCCUGCCUGGGGCUAAAGAGCUAUUUCUGUGGAAGCACAUAUAACAUAUACCAGAAAUUUCUUUUGAGUACAAAAAGUUGGGUACAUUUCAUUGUCUGUUUGAUCAUAUGUUAAGAUGAAGUUGUGAGGCUCUUUAGGAAAUGACCUGCCUUCUGCUUCUUUCUAAAGUGCAGGAUUCUCUGCAAGGUGUUUACAUAAUUAUUCAUUUCUAUUUAUUUAUAAGAUUUCUUAUCCACUGCUCACCAUCAGGUUACAAAAAUAAAAUAUAAAAUUAGACUGUGUACGCACCAUACAUUAAAGGCACACCAACGCAAAUAAUUGUAGUUUACCCCUCAUGAAGCUACAAUUCCCAGUAUUUUCAACAAACUACAGUUUCCCGGAUUAUUGGGGUUUGGGGGGGAUGUUCUUUAAAUGUAUGCAGCCUUACAAAAACAGAUGAAACCUUUACAGUGAUAAAACAUAUAAAAACCAUUUCAAAUAGAACAUAAUGAUACAAAUUCAGCAUUCAGGUAAAGAGGCGUGUUAUCCAAGAGCACUGGGAGGGGCCACCCAUGGGGCUUUCUGUACCCCUCCCUUUAAAACCAUCAUAUAUUUUUACUCUGCUUAGACUGAGAGUGGUCUGCUGAGCAUUCAACAAAGCACAGUGCCAUUGAGGACCCUGGGAAAUUUGUGCCACGGGCCUGUGCCUGUAAGUCCUUUAAGUGCCUAGAAACGCCCCUUGUUGUUCUCCCUUCAGCUUGCUUGCCCUGAUUCCUGCUGUCACUCACACCACCAAUUAUCCCGCUAACAAUAGUUGCAUAGAGACCCCUCCCUUCUGCGGUUUCUAAUACAGUUCUCUUAAGAUAGUCAUAAGAUGGUGGAAGGGUUAAUAACAUCCAGCUCUAAUUAGGGUAAAGUGCAAAGGAGAUUUCAGGAUGCACCAAGGGCUCCAGGGACAAAGAAAAUAUACAAUAUUUUCAUAUGAAAAUAUAAAAGCCGAAGAAAAGUCACCCAGCUAAGAGGUGCUGCGGAAAAGAAAACGCCCCCAUUUUCCAGCAGCUGCUUACUCAGUCUUGACGUAUAUGCCACGUUCCAAUCUUUGCAGGAUGGGCCAGUAAGACCCAUUUUCCAAUAAUCACUGAACACGUUCCAGUGAGCUCUUCCCCAGGCAUCUGGGAGCCCCAUAAAAAACAUUGAGUUAGCAAUGAGGAUCAUCCAUCAAGCCCACGCAGUGGUAUCAAGCCUAGCCCCUGGGGAACUAGGGAGCCCAGAUCCAAGUUUCCUCUGACUCAGUUGUUUUAGAGUUGCCACCUCUUCUGGAGGGGGAGAAGGCCAGCCCGUUGCUCAUAUAUCAAUUAAUUUGCAAUUAUACAGUUUUACAGGAUGCUGGACUGGAUGCGCCAUUGGUCUGCUGCUGCAGGCUCUUCAUAUGUUCUUAAGUUGAGUGGUGAUGCUAUGAGAAUUGAUCCUAUGCCAUAACACUCUAAUGAUGCAUGCAGAAUUGCUUUCUGUUGAUAGCUCUUACCUGUGUGUUCCUGCCUACUUAUUCCGUGAGACUACGAGGGUGGGGAGCAAAGCUAGAUGGUGAAAAACAAGCCAAAUGGGAAUUACAGUUGUUUGUAAACUUGGAGACCUCUGAGCAAUUGGAGAAAGGAGCCUUGGACCAUGUUUCAGACCCAAUGACUAUUUAAUCUGCCAUUGGCAAAAACCUUGUUCGUAUAGCACUGAGCAGAACUGUGUGUAUGUUUAUAUGCCUGUGAUUGCUGCCCUAUAUAUCACAUGCCUCUCACUUCCAGCUACUACUAUGGUUCCUUCUAUAGCUCAGUGGCAACGGGGCCUGAAUUUUGGAGAAGCGAGAGAGAUUGAGUUUGAUCACGGCUGCUACCCUGAUGGAUUCCAGAUGUUCAUGAUUUCACUAACAUAUACAUAGAAGUCACUUCCCAUACCAAUACAGUUCAGGCACAUCUUAAGAGCACCACAGCUAGUUGUUAAACAGGGAUACCUUUUCCCCAGUUGCUCUCGAAGGUACUUCCUGGUGAUUUGUUCGUGGAGGAUUCAUUCAGAUUUGCUUGCAGGGAGAUUAGCAUUGAGCUUUUUAAAUGAGCAUUCAUUCAGAUUUGGUUGUGAGGAGCUCUGGCGAACCUACAUCAAAGCAAGUGUUUCAUUUUCUUGUCAUUUUCCUGAUCACAAAAAGUCAGGUCUUUGUGGGAAGCGGGUUUGUUGUAUAAGAAUAUAUUAGAGGAAGCUGAAUUUGCCGGCAUGCGAUUGCUUGCAUCUCAUCUGAAAAGAGCAACAGUCUGGAAGUGCUCUGAAUUGUGGAUGAGAUACUAAAGUUCUUACCUGUUUACGUGUGGGUGGGUGGGUGGGUGGGUGUAGCCACAUACACAAGCACCUAUAUGUAUUUGUUGAUGCUUCUAGGCCCCUAUCAGUUUACAAACUGGAAUAAACUUUACACCCAACCUAACAGCUGCAAUUAUUGCCUCAACUUUUUAAGAUUCUGUGUGACAUUACUGAAUCUUUACUGUAGUCUAUCUUGUUUUAGCCUGACUGAGUCAGCCUCUCAGUUCAUUGACUGACUGAAUCUAUUGAGGGUGGGGAGAAUAUUAUUUUAGUAUAGGAAAUGCAUACCCUCCAACAUUUCUCUGUUGAAAAUAGGGCCUUCCCUUUCCAUAAUGAUCAUUAAACUAUUUAUACUCCACACAUCUUACUGGGUUGCCGCAGGCACUCUUUGCAGCCUCCAACAUAUAUAAAAACAUAAUAAAAUAUUAAACAUUAAAAAACUUCCCUAUACAAGAUUGCCUUCAGACGGCUCGGAGGCCAGAAAACUCCAUACCCUCCAACAUUUCUCCAAUGAAAAAAAGACAUCCUAAGGAAAAGUGGGACAUUCUGGGAUGAAAUCAGAAACCAGGACAGCUUCUCUAAAUCAGGGAUGUGCCUGGAAAAUAGGGACACUUGGAGGGUCUGGGAAAUGCCUUAAGGUUUCAGGACAUCAUAACAGCAUUUAUGCAGAGUGACAGGCAUAUUCAAUAGUGGGUUUAGUGUUAGGAUAAGUCUUUGUCAAGGGAUGUAAUUAACAAUGAAGGGCGCAUUAAACAAAGCAAAAAAAGCACACCAACACUUUGCAUCUGUGCUCUGGACAGUAGUGUAACUAGGAUGUUGAGAGAGGUAUCCCAACACUAGACACAUGAUCUAGGAGGGCAGAAGAUUGGGUGCUGCCAAUGGCAUGUAGUUUAUAAUAGUUUCACACAUUCAAAGAUCAUCUUCACAUUUAUUUAGUUAUCAGCAAAUCAAAAUUACCUACAUGUAAUUAAUAAAAUCAUUAUAAAUAGUGGAUAAUAAGUGCCACUGAUUAGAACUUUUCUCAUUUAAUUCUAAUUCUAAAUUACAGGCUCUAAUUUAAAUAGAGAGUGAUAGCAACACACAAUACUGUAUAUGGUUUCCACCAGUCAUGGUUAUGGUUAGUUACGACACUGGCUCUGUGCUAUUAUGAAGUGAGCUGUCGAUUUACGCGUUCAGCUGAUUUCUUAGUGAACUUCAGGUUUGCACAGCACAAAUCCUGUUGGCCCACUGUUCCCCCUUCUCCAUUUGUGCCCUCCUGAAGUAAUUCCUAUGGCUUGGGGCCAUUUCCAUUUUCCGUAUGGAGUCAUCUAAGAGCCACACAGAUAUGUGCCAUUCGCAUGGAAAGAUAAUGUGACUGUCUGUUUUUAAAAACUAAGGGGGCACAUAGCUUGUUAAGUACAGAGCCCUUUUCCUGCUUGCUGCUUACCUCCCUGCUCUCUGUGCCUUCCAGGUGCAUACCUCCUCAGCUGAGCUCCAAUACUGGAAUUACGUUCAACUUGGGGGGAAACAUAAAAUUUAACCAAUGGGCAACACAACGAUUUGGCUGUCCUUACCCAAGUUCACCUUUUGCUGCUAAAUAUUUUGUUUUCUUCAUUUAUUAUUACAUUUAUACGUCACUUUUUCUCCAAGGAGCACAAGACGGUGUGUAAGCUUCUCUGCCUUCCUAUUUUAUCCUCAGAACAAACCUAUGAGAUAGUUUAGGCUGAGAGACAGUGACUGGCCAAGGUCACCCAGUGAGCGUCAUUGAUAAAUGAGAGGUUGAGAGGCUUCCGGGGGAGGCGCCUCCGGUAAUGGCAGAAUUCCUCUGACCGGGAGGAAUCUGCUCCGUGGAAAUCUGGGUCUGGCCGCCACGGCGAAGGCGGAGACCUGUUAAAAUCACAGGCGGGAGAAGCCUGUGAACGUGGGAUUUGGCGGGCACCUUUUGCGCCUCCCCCACUCGCGGGGAACCCCGGUUUUUGGGGCUCCGGAGCGACGUGGGGUGAGCGGCACGGUGCAUUGAAUCGUCUGCUUCUUCCACGGAGCGAAGCUGCACAGCUGUUGCUGGAGAGCGCUGACCUUUUCCUGUGGACAAUUUGACUUUAGAGUAAUUACCCGUGAGUAGAGCUGAAACGGAAGAAUUGGAUUUCUAAAAGUUUGAUUUGGUAUCGUAACGGGGAGGUUCAAAACAGGAAGUCCGCCUUCCCCUUGUGUAAAUAGACUGAGGCAAUGAACUUGCAAGCUGGAGUCCUAGAAGGUCUUUUGUAAAAGAUCAAAUUUCCAACGGUAAAGAACAUUAAACCCCCUCUUGGAGGCAGGAGAAGAGAGGGGGAAGUUGCGGAUUGAGUAUGCCUGCGGGAGAGAGCGAAGAGAUUUAAAACACCUCCACUCUGACCCUGGAAACGGGCUGCUAGUAGGACUGACGUCUUUUGGAAUGUUCAUUGACAGCGCUUAGAACGUUCAUUGACAGCUAGCUAAAUAAGAGAAAUACAUUGUUUCUACUGUCUCCGGCUGCUUUAAAAAGGAGUAAAAGUAACUGAAAAUUGAAACUAAUUUGAAACUAACUUUGGAUUGUUUAAAAGAGGAUACUAUUGACUAUUACAAAUAGAAACUGUUUCCCCCUAGUGGAAGCCUUUGAAACUGGUUGAUUUACAAGAGUUGGACUAGGGAAUUUCCAGCUGCAGGUUAAAAACCGUGAGACUCUGGGACUGACCUUGAAUCUUUCAAAUGUUAUGGUAAAUGGAAGAGGAAAAACAGACCAGUCAACUGUUGAUAAAACAUUAAGGUCUGGGAGGACUUGGUAACAAUCCAGGAGAGGUCUAUUAUUAGGCCCUCCUGUUCUUUUUUGUUGCUGUCUUUGUACUAGUAUAUUUGAAACUAAGAGGAAUGUCGACAGAAGAGGCUUUGGUGGCUGCAUUAUAUAAGAUAAAUGACUCAUUGGAUCAGCUUCACAGGAAAAUGGACAUGAUAAAUGCGAAAGUGGAUGUUUCAAUUGUUGAGGUUGACUUGAAUGCAGGGAGUAUGGACAAUACCAAUACAGAAACCACCCAGAAAUUGAUACAAGAACCUAUUUUGAUAUGGCAAGCUGUGGAGGAAGUCAAGGAAAAAGCUGUUGCUGUUGAAGGUACAGAAACACAACUGGAGAGAAAGAGAAAGAGAGCCCCAGCCCUACAGAGGCAAUUUGAUGAACAUAAGUUGAUGCUCGCUAUGACUGAACUUAAGGAAAAACAGACGAAUUUGAGGAUUAGAGUUCACCUUUGGUGGACAUGCCCAAGGAUUAAGACACUCUGGGAGAUGAUUCAUAAUGAAAUGAAAAAGGUAUUUAAAUAUACCCUUUUGAAGAAACCAGAGGCCUUUCUCCUGGGCAUGGUCGGUCAAUUGGUGUUAAAGAAGGAUAGAAUUUGUCUCGUGUAUGCAACAAUAGCAGCAAGAAUACUCAUUGUGAAGUACUGGAAGACACAAGAUUUAUCCAUUCGGGAAGCAUGGCAGAUGAAGUUGAUGGACUAUAUGGAAUUGGCGGAAACGACUGGCAGAAAUCCGAGACCAGGGAGAAGAGCUGGUGGAAGAAGACUGGGAAAAGUUUAAGACUAUUUAUAGAAAUACUGUAAAAAUAAUGAAUGUUUGAAAAAUGUUGGAAUGAAGUUAUAUGGCUUUAGUAGAAAUGCUAUAAGGAAUCAAGUAUAAAUAGAUUAAUAGUGUAUUAAAGGGAAAAUAAGGCUAGAAUAUGUCAAGAUAAUUAUAGGAUAGAAAACAGGAAGAUGGAAAGGAAUUGCUGAAAUAAUUAAUAGAAGUGGAAAACAGAAAGGGAGGUGUGAGGAGGUCGUGGAAAUAAGGGAAUGAAAGAUAAGACAUUGAAAUUGUUCUGUGUUUGAAAUGGUUUGUGUCAUGCUUUGUUAGUUUUAUGUUUUUCUUUUUUUUCUUUUUUUUCUUUCUUUUUAUUUUUGUCUUUCUGUUUUGUUGUGUUUAAAUGGUUGAAAAUUAAUAAAUAUUAUUUUUUUAAAAAAAGAAAAAGAUAAAUGAGAGUUUGAAUUCUGGACUCCUAAGUCCUAGUCCAAUACUUGUAAGCACUACACCAUGCUGGCUGGUAUAUAGAUUUCAACAUCCUUCUUUUUCUGUGUCACUGGAGCAUAUUUAUAUUUACAUAACUGAAUCUGCUGCCAGCACCAUAAAGUGAGGGUGGAGGUGUGAGAAGGAAAGCCAACACCCUGCCCUCUCUAUUGCUUCUCUUCCCCACUCCCCAGUUCCUGCCUGCUGUCUCUGGCGAAGGAAGAGGAGUGUGGGGGGAAUUCACCGCCCUGGCAGCGCGAUCCUGGUGGAGUGCCAUCACAGCUGCCCCCCCCCGCCCGUGCUGGGCGCCACGCCCCCUUAGGCACCACACCACGCCCCCAGGAUGCAUGUCACACCCCCGGGACAUGUGCCAGCCCCACCCCUGCCUGCUCUCCGCCCCCCCAGUGCCGGAGCAUGAUGCUCCACCACUGCCUGUUGCAGCCAGUCAUUCUACACAGCUCAGGCGACUCUUCCAGAAAUAUUUAUUUAUUAUUUAUUAUUUAUUUAUUGAAUUUAUAUACCACCCUAUAUCCAUAGGUCUCAGGGUGGCCCACAACACAAAGUUACAGUAUACAAAGCACAAAAUACACAAAUUAAAAACAAUAGAAACACAAUAGAAAUAAUCAAAACAAUUAACAAUACAGUACUAAUGUAUGCACACUAAUGAACAAUACGCACUAAUAAACAAGACAGGUUUCAGGGAGUGAAAGCUUUUUGACUUGUUGCUGCUCAACUUCCCGAUGAGGAGGUAGAGAGGGGAAAGGGAAAAAAUGGAAGGAAGAAAAAGAGGAUAUUGGGAAAUGAGAAAGGAGAGAGUUUCCUGCAUAGUGGGCUGUGGGGGGGGGAAGAAGGUAGCUGAACUAUGGAGGUUCUUUAAUGCUGGCAGUGUCUCGAGAGAAAAGGAGGUGCACUGAAGUGACUUCUUAAGUGCACAAGCCUGGGGAGUAUGUAUGGAGAUCCUGGGCUGCCCAGACAACAAGACCCCCCCCCCAUCUCAUUGAUGUGGUCCAAAGGAAAGCAGAGUUUCUGGAAAGAGGUGUACUCAGCACCUGAUUCCUAUAGUGGGUAAAGAGUGAAAGACCAGGAGAACUGCAAGAUGGGGAUACAGAGAGAUCUGUGGAGGGGGAAAACAGAGAAAAGGGAGUAGAAAAAAUAGAGCUAGGAAGACAAAGAGAACACUAGUGGUGGUGCACAGAUUCCACAUUAACUGUGGAAAAACUUUUUGUUAGAAUUUUAAUUCAGUGCCUUCUUUUUAACCCAUUCUCUGUUCAUUCCUCUGUGACUCUCAGCAUCCCAUCUCACUCCACAGGCCUUUCUGAACACUUCUCCCUGUUAAGACUACAUGUUUUCCUUCUCUCUGUUCCGUAAAACUGACUUUCUUCUCUCUGAGUAUAGAAUAUGCUCUGGAGUCACAGCGAUGACCGCCCCCCCCCAAAAAAAAGGCCAACAGAGAAAGGGUUGUAAAUGAUAAUGAUUGAUCACUAUUUGAUUGUUUUGAUGUUGUUAGCAACCUUGGCUAUUUCUAUGGAAAGGUGGGAUAAAAAUGUUUCAAAUAACUGUCACCAUAAUUAAUGUGCUGAAUUAAAAUCGUAACAAAGGAAGGCUAUAGGAUAUUCCCAUGUAGGCUGUCCCUAAUCUCCCUGGGGAAAAGCAGGGGCUACUGCAAUAGUGAUCAAUCAAAGUAAUUAACUAACUGACAAUAGAUACAGCUAUAAUAUUUGCCUGUACAUGGCAAUGAAACACACUUCAAAGGGGGACGCUGCAUGCUUACUUCUUUGUAGGAAAACCAACUACUGCCAGUGCUCCCCCCCCCCCCAGGUAUUCAAGGGUACACAGUACCGGAACCUCUUCUUUUUGGUUAAAAACUGACAUUUAUUGUAACAACUUCAUAGUGAAUUUUCUAGAAAAAAAGCACUGAUUACUACUAUUAUUCCUACUAAAAUGUUUCUUCUUCUUCUUCUUCUCCACCUCCUCCUCCUCCUAGGCUCUAUGUGCUUUAAAUUCAUAAAAUCUCAGUACAAAAACAUGGCCCAAAUACAGCACAACUUUCACAUAGAAUCAUCUAAUUGUCGGGUUGGAAGGGACCUCAAGGGUCAUAUAGUCCAACCCCCUGCAAUGCAGGAAUCUUUUGCCCAACAUGGGGCUCGAAUCCACAACCCUGAGAUCGAGAAUUUAGUGCUCACCCAACUGAGCUAUGUUUCUGAGAAAGCUGCAAGGGGCAAUUACGUAACAGAAAUGUUAACAGCAGCAGAGGCAAAGGACCUAUGUGGUUGUAGCUUUUAAUUAAAGUGGUAGCAGGUACAAUUAAAUGCUGAUUUGAGAUACCAAAUUUACUGGGGUUUUGUGGGGGCUUCCCCAGAAAGUCCCACUGAUAGUCCCACAGAUUGCACAGCAGCAGCUCUGCAAGCUCCAGCAAGCAUCAACCGCUUGCCGGCUUGUGAUUCCAGGUUGCUAAGCAAAGCACACCUUUGGCGCCUUCCUACAGGCUCAUACAACGACAUGCUGCUGCAGUGGCUUUUCACAGAGCGCCUGCGUGUUUCAGGAAACAGUUUUCCCUCUGCAACACAAGCUCACAAAAGGAUGUGAUGCUUUGCGAAAAGCCACUCUCCCCAUUCCUUUGUCAGCAGCGUAAAGAUGCCAGAAAAAUCCAGCGCACAUCCAUCGUUGCAAAACACGCCGAACAUGAGUUACGAUUCCUGUCUCCUGCAUCUGUCCUUUGCUGAUGUAGAACAAGACAGGAAAUCUGCGGUUGAGGUUCACGCUGAUGUUGUCUUACAUCUGGCACACAGUUCUAUGGUAUUCUGAACUAAGACCCUACUACUCUUUAUCACUAAUCAUUCCCACCUCCACCAUCAAGAUACAUUCCGAAACCCAAGAAGACGCCAAGGGAAAGGGAAGGAGAAAGACAAGGAGUUGAUUUAACUCAUUCUAGGGGUUGGGUAUACAAAACUAUUCAUGCAUUAAUUCCAUCUCAUUCCAAGUGCUUUGUAUUAACCUGUCUUUUUACUACAAUGCUCCAUAUAGGCUGACUCGUUUUGCUUUGCUUUUCCUCUUUUUUAAAAAAAUGGUUUUGGAAUCUGCUUAUCUAGAGCAAAGUUGGGCUAGCUAAUGAAUACAGGUAGCAGUGUAGCAUACCACAUACGUUUGCCAAAUGUAUGACAGCAUCAGGAUGGAGCCUGACCUCUCUACUUCCUGGCUUGUUAUAGCUUGGGAAAGAAAAAAGUUUAGUAUGCUUAAGACUCAUAUUAAAAGUUGCUGUGCUCUAAAAUCUAUAUUAGAUCUUGGACAGCUAAAGAUAAGACUGAUCAUGAAACUAAAUACUGGUGGCUGACUAGGGGUAAAUGUUCGCAAGCUAAUUGCAUUUGUUUUGCAAAAAGAAGAUAGUUUUAUCAGUAGUAUGCCUAGUUCAAGAGGACCAUUUUGUAAUAGCAGAAAGAAAGAUUUAAAGAGAAGAAAGAAACCUACUAGAUUGGCAAAAAUGUAUAAAUCAAAAUUGAGUAAGCUGGAAAUGUAAAGAGAAAGAAGGCACCUUUUAUCAUAUGUGGUGGUCUUGUAGUAAGGUAAAAGUGUACUGGGAAAUGAUAUAUAAUGAAUUGAAAAAGAUGUUUAAGUUAACAUUUGUAAAAAAAACACAGAAGCUUUUCUUUUGGGAAUUAUAGGUGCAGAUUUACCUAGACAGUAUAGAAAUUUAUUUACAACCACAGCUGCAAGAAUGUUAUUUGCCCAAAAAUGGAAAGAUGAAGGAAUUCAGAUGAAAGAAUAAAGGCUACAAAAACUUAUAGACUAUGCAGAAAUGGCAAAACUUAUUGGAAGAAUAAGAAAUCAGGAUAACAAACUUUUUAUAAAGGAAUGGAAAUGGUAUAUUGAAUAUUUACAAACAAAUUGCAAACAGAUAAAAGCACUGGCAAGACUAUUGUAAUAACCUGCAGUUUUUAAAAUACAGAUAUGUGAAAAUAGAUGAAUAAAAGAAUGAUGAUUUAAAGAAUUUAAUAUAACUUAGAAUAUGUAGGGAAUGCUGAUAAAAAUUUAAUGAACUGCAGAAAGAAGAGGAAAGAAGACAAGAUUUGAAAUGUCUGAAUUAUUGUUAAAUUACGACUGAAAUGUAUAUAAAUGAAAAUCAUAAAUAAAAUUAAAAAGAAAGAAAGAAAGAAACUGAUUUUAAAAUGUGAAGAGGGUAGGGGUUGUGUCUGCUUAGUUGCUUAUAAUUCCAUUAAAAUCUUAAUGGAAUAUCAAUAGUCCUUCAAUUGCAUAUUGAUAAUAAUAAUAAUAAUAUUUUUUUAUUUAUACCCCACCCUCCCCAGCCAAGGCCGGGCUCAGAGCGGCUUACAAGCAAUAAUAAAAACAAGAUGAAUGAUUACAACUUAAAACCAAAAAUAAAAUACAACAUUAAAAUAAUGGAACAUUAAAAUAUUAAAAUGUAGCCUCAUUGCAGGAGGAGAAGGAAAAGAAAAAAGAAAGAGAGGGAGGGAGGGAAUCAAAUUGGCUCCAAGCCAAAGGCCAGGCGGAACAACUCUGUCUUACAGGCCCUGCGGAAAGAAAUCAGAUCCUGCAGGGCCCUGGUCUCAUGAGGCAGAGCGUUCCACCAGGCCGGAGCCAGAGUUGAAAAGGCCCUGGCUCUGGUUGAAGCCAAUCUAACUUCCUUAGGCCCCGGGACCACUAGGGUGUUGCUGUUUAUGGACCUUGAGGCUCUCCGUGGGGCAUACCGGGAGAGGCGGUCCCGUAGGUACGAGGGUCCUAGGCCGUGAAGGGCUUUAAAGGUCAAAAGCAGCACCUUAAAUCUGAUCCCGUACUCCACCGGGAGCCAGUGCAGCAUGAAAAGCACUGGGUGAAUAUGCUCCCAUGGCAGAGACCCCGUGAGGAGCCUCGCUGCAGCAUUCUGUACCCGCUGGAAGACAUAAAAAUAAUGGGGCAAGCUAAGUAAUAUUGGUGAAAAGAGGCAGCUAUGUGCAAUAUUUUUAAUGUUUGAUUUCUUACUGUGUUUUAAUUCAUUGGAAGCUGUCCACAGUGGCUGGGGUAACCCAGUCAGAUAGGUGGCAUAUAAAAUUAUUAUUAUUAUUAUUAUUAUUAUUACUACAACUACUGUACAUUUUUUCUUAUGGACUAACAUGACUACCUUUGCUUUUUUAUGAAUGACUGCACUAUAAAGGAACAUAGCUGUAACAAUGUUAUAGAUCCCCUACCAGCUAAUAAUGUGGAAAUUUUCAAUCACAAUGCAGAAAAAGGCAGAUUCCAAGAAUUGUGGUGUGGUGUGAUGUUAUUUAGCAACAUUUAUAUACUGCUUGAAAACCUUUAAGCGGUUUAUUAAAAAUAAUAAUAAAACGUUAAAAACAGGGAUUUAAGAAUAUUCAAAAGAUAAUUAAAAUGAACGGUAGCUAAAAAUAAAUAAAACACAUGUAACUUUUACAUUUUUUAUAGGCUUGCCUAAACAUGGGAGAAUAGAACAAUGUGCUUGUGUAGUACAGUAGAAAUACUAUAGAGAGCUGCAGGAAUUAGUGACAAAUACUUAAAAUUACUUGUCACUAAUUCCUGCAGCUCUCUAUAGUACUUAGAGACAAGUACUUAAAAUUACAGGGUGGCGCUGUGGGUAAAACCUUGCUGAUCGCAUGGUCGGCGGUUCGAAUCCCCGCGGCAGGGUGAGCUCCCAUCUUCGGUCCCAGCUCCUGCCCACCUAGCAGUUCGAAAGCACCCGUAAGUGCAAGUAGAUAAAUAGGUACCGCUUUAUAGCGGGAAGGUAAACACCGUUUCCGUGUGCGGCACUGGUGCUGGCUCGCCAGUUGCAGCUUUGUCACGCUGGCCACGUGACCCGGAAGUGUCUUCGGACAGCGCCGGCUCCCGGCCUCUUGAGCAAGAUGAGCGUGCAACCCUAGAGUUGGACACGACUGGCCCGUACGGGCAGGGGUACCUUUACCUUUACUUUACUUAAAAUUACAGCUCUAGGAUGUGUAUCUAUAUAUUUAUAAUUUUGUUCCCCACUCCCAAGUCAUUUAAAAACCAUUUUUGCUGUGUGCAUGUAGAAAUGGCACUGUAUUUCUAUAUUUACUACAAAUGCUUAUAGGACAUGGAAACCUCUGCUCUUUAAGCUGCUCCUAGCUGAACAUUCAAGGUUGUUUGGUUGUGUUGUAUGAAUUGUCAGAUGACUCUCAAAGUUUGGGGCAAGCUGCCCAGCCGCUUUGAGCUGCGUGCACCAUUCCUUGAUCUCUCUCAGUGUGCUUUUAUCAGGCUAGGAGACGAAAGCCGUGUGCUUAGAAUGAAGAGAGAUGCAAUACAAAACAAGGGCUCAUGGUGCAUCCCUCAGCUGCAGGAUAAGUCUGGUUCCCUCCUAGCUUCACAUUUGAAAAGGAAGACUUGCACACACAGGUGAAUCAAAUGCUGACUCAGCUCUUAACUACUGUCCUCCACCCCCCCUAUGCUUCAGGCACCGUGUCUGCCUUUCAAUAGAUUUUUAAAGCACAACGUGAAUGUUCAUGCAUUUAUCGUUGGCAUUCGUUUUUUAAAAAGAAGCUUUUUAAAAGUGCAAAGCUACUCCCAGCUUAGGGAGCAAAUUUUGCCUUGUGGGUGCCAGCCAGUCAGCUCCUGGCACAGCCAGCUGCUGAUUCAAACCUACAGAACGGCCCACUCCUGCACUCUGCUGCCCCUUGAGAGGAAAGGUACAUUUGGGCUGAAGGCUGUGAUGACACUUCCAGAGCUGACUGCUAUUUGGUUUUUUUUUUAAAGUACACCCCUAUUGUGUUGGCUGCAUACUGUAGUGUUGAAUGUUUGGUGCUGAUGACUAGAGGAGCAACCUCCUGUUUUUCACAGGCAGUUUGCUUCCCUGUGUCCCUCCCUUGUGGAUCUUAAGGUACUCUGUAAAAUAUUGGAUCUGCUUUUAUGGAGUAAAUGUAUUCCCUCCUCCGCACUUUAGUCGAACAUGACUUAAAUACAUCCAAAGUUCUGAGCUGUUCUUUUCCUAUCAGAUUCUAGCUCAAACUCAUUUGGCAUCUACAGUACUUGCCCAACUAAUAAGGCCUUGGCUGUCCAUUUAGAGUGCAUUGAGCUCACAGAGGUGAUGGUAGAGGCUCACCCGCAGGCCAGAUGUGGCCCCUGGGGCUUCCCUGUCUGGUCCUCAGAGGCCUUGCCUCGCCCAUCCUCAGCUGCAAUUAGGCUUGGAAAAAGCCUCUUGCUGCAGCCAAUAAAAGGCUACACACACACACACUAGUCUAAUUGCAUUGUGGGGGACAAUUUCAGAGGGAGGAGGGUUGCAGCUGGGGAGGGAGGUUUAACCCUUCCCCACGUGCUGCAACCUUCACACCAAAAAAUAACCCCUCUCCGGUGCCAUGUUUAGGCUUGAAAAAGCCUUCUAUAAUACAGAAUACAGUAUUUUUCUUGUGUCAGGUAUAAUAUAGAGCAUUUGCCUUCUCUCCAAUCCAAUAUGAACUAAAUCUAAAAUCCAUUCUUUAAGUUUAGGCGAUAAUAUAUUUCAUCAGAUGCAUGAAGUGGAAUGAAAAGUUGAUGAGACGUCUAAAAACUUGGGUGAAGGUACAGUGGAGUUAAAAGCCAAGCGGAGGAAUUAGAGCAGCAGAAAUGUAAAGCGUAUAUAUUCUGUUACCUGGGAUGUGAACUAUAUUUCACAAUUUAAACAUAAAGGUGUAUCUGCUGGAACACCAAAGCAAAAAUAACAAAUCCCCUGGUACGAACAUACAUUUCCUAUGAAUAGGCUUUAUUCUGAGUUAGACCAUUGCUCCAUCUAGCCCAGCCUUGUCUAUUCCGACUGCCAGCAGCCUUCUCAACCUUGCUCCCUGUGAUUGUCUUCAGUAGGGAUUCCAGGGACUGAGCUUGAAAUGUUUUGUAAGUAAAGCAUGGGCUUUACCAGCUGACCUAGGUGAGAGAGCCAGUGUGGUGCAGUGGUUAAGAGCGGUAGUCUCGUAAUCUGGGAAACCGGGUUCGUGUCUCCGCUCCUCCACAUGCAGCUGCUGGGUGACCUUGGGCUAGUCCCACUUCUCUGAAGUCUCUCAGCCUCACUCACCUCACAGAGUGUUUGUUGUGGGGGAGGAAGAGAAAGGAGAAUGUUAGCCGCUUUGAGACUCCUUCGGGUAGUGAUAAAGUGGGAUAUCAAAUCCAAACUCUUCUUCUUCUUCUGAUAUGAGAAGGGAAUGGAGUGGAGUGUGAUUCAACCAGAGCAACCCAACCACCAUUCCCCAAAAGUGGGCUAUGUACCAAAAUGUUGCAUUGACACAGCUGCCACUCCCAUCACUCCUCUCUUGUUUCUGGCUUGGAAAGUGUGUGUGUGUGUGUGUGUGUGUGUGUGUGUGUGUGUACACUGAUGUUACUCGGAGGGGUGGGGUGGAUUUGACCCUGAGGCCUCCAGUUGUUGAUUUCUGUACUAGAUUCCUGCUAUAACAGCAAAUGAAGCACAAAGUACCUUUGGUAUUUUUAUUUUAACAAUGGGAUGCAGUGUCAAUUUGCUAAUGAAUUCUCUUCUGAAAAAUAGCUUCUCCAUUAAUUUUUUAGGAAUUCAAGAGUCGGAAUCUGAUGUGUAUGUGAAAUGCUUUAGUAUGUGACCUCCCAUUGCAGAAAUACCAUUUCACAAUGUUCUACAUUCAUUUCGCUCAUUAGAUCAUGCAGAGCAUCUCACGUUCACUGCAGUUUCGUACUGACGCUAGUAAUUCUUGUCAAUAAACUGUGCCAUGGGGAUCCCAUAUAAUCCUUAAAUAUUCUCCGAUUUAAAGCCCAUAAUGGGCAAUUGUGGCCAUAUGACCGCCAAAUGGCCUGGAAAAUGCUAUAGUCAGAAACAUAGAAAAUCCGUGUAGUGAUAAAUAACAAGGUCGGUGUCAGUUAUAUGUGGUGGCAGUGAUCAAUUCUUAGAAUGGGGUCAUUAGAACUGGAGGACCUGUUGUAAAAUCAUUUGUCGAGGAGUGAAGACUAUAGGUCACACUCUUAGGCUGUGUCCAGAUGGCAGCUUUCACCACAGCUGAUUUAAUGCUGCAGAACACUAAACCAGAAGUGGGGGAAGCUAUCUCAAGGAAGAAGUAGCACCUGUUCUGGGGAUUUUAUGCUGCACUUGGUCCGUGCCACCCAUUCUGACUCUGCUAAUCUUUGGUCUGUUAUGGACUACUUAGCAUAGUCCUCCUGUGGUUUGCGAGCACUAAGGGCUCUGGCCCAGCAUGGCCAGCACUCCCCAUAUGAAGGUGCCCAUAGAUGUCAGGGAAAAAUAACCUGGGAAAAACUAACUGUUUUUCAUAGAAUCUAUGAUUUUUAAGGAAAGGGCUUUUAACAGUGCUGUACCAUUUUCAUUAUCUGUAUUUUAAUAGGUUUUUUAAAUAUUGUGUUAAUUCAGUUAAAGUUUAAUUACUUUUUAAGUUUCAUCUUUUCUAUGUUUUUAGCCUUUUACAUUUUAUUCCAACUUGCUUUGAUUUUUGUAAGCCGCCUUGAGACCCUAUCUGGGGAAAAGGUGGGAUAUAAAAAAAUACAGUACUGCUAGUAGUAAUACAAGCAAUGAACCUUAACAGAGAUGCUGUGGUUUAUAGAGCACGUGCGAUUCUUGGCUGUGUACAUAAUGAGAUAUAAAGCAAGAAGUAUGGUUUUCCCUUUGCUAGGAGAUAACCGGUAUUAGAAUGCUAUACCAUGCUGCAAUUAUCCAUUUCAAAACAUUUCUAGUACGCAUUUCUCGUUUGGUAAAAAAUUGAGAGGAUUUCUUGAAGGAGCUUUGCUGAAAACUGCAGAGCAACUAUCCAAAAUGCUAUGACGUCUCACCGUGGGAAUUUAAGAUGCACUUCUCUGUUUAGGUUAUACAAUGGGAUAUUAAAAAGUAAUUUAGUCAUCUGCAUAGAGAACAACGUAAGGAUAACUUUCUUUUUUUAAAAAAAACUUAUUUAUUAACAGUUUCAUUCUGAUAUAUCAAAACAUUGAGGGGGGAUCUGACUUGCACUUGUAACAUAUAAACUGUUACAAGUGCAGAUUGGAUGUUUUUCAGAAUUAAAAUAUUCAAAGCAGCUUUCAAGAGGACAAGAUACUUAGCAGAUUCCAGCUAUUUCCACCACAGCUCUAAAGAGAUGUUGUUUUCUUUCAUUCGUUUGGGCAUUAGGCUCGAUGGGUCACCUUUUCCAUUACUAGUGUUUUUCAGAUUUUUAGGAACACUUAGUAAUUGUAUGGGGGUGCCGCUCCUUUUUUCCUGUUCCUUGCAAUCGAAGUUCAGGCAGCUGCUUGUAAGUGUCUGGUCUGUUCCUUAUCAAUGCAAAGCUUUCAGAAAGAAUUAUUAAGAAUGCUAAGUGGUUCUCUGACAAUAGUCCCGUCGUUGGUUUUUUUAGCACAUCCCAUUAUUUUCCCAUCUGCGUAUAUAUAUUGGGGGAAGUAUGCUAGAUGUGAUAUCUGAAGGAAGAAGAUUUUUGAUGGUUGUGUAAUUUUGCAGACAGCAGACAUAUAUCAGGAUAAUUAAGGGCUAGAACUAGACAUAUUUAGACUAAACUUGGAAAUAAACACAAAUCCUUAACCAUGAGGGUACUAGCCUCAGGGACUGACUACGUGAGAUUGUAGUAGAUUGUGUGUGAGUCAGUGGGAGAAGGUCUCAGGGCUCUCUCUCAUGAAUCUGCAGCAGUCCAACUAGUGCUUGGAUUGCUCUGCCUUGUAUGCAGAGGACCAGACAGGAUUGGGAUCACGGUUUAAACAGGGCUAGAUGGACAACUAUGAUGCUUUAGUUGAGAUUUAGCCAUUGCUAAGGGUUGAAUUAGAUGACUCUCGGGGUCCCUUUCAACUCUAAAACUCUAUGGUUCUAUGAACUCUUUGGAUCCUGGAUGAAAACAGCAGUGGAAUCCUCUACACUGUUUCCUUAUCUCAUAUUAUCUUGACAGGAACAAUAUGAAGUAUAGACUGUAUAGAGCACCCUAGCACAAACUAUAGAAUCAUGCAUUUUAAGGAAGUACAACCACUAUUAUGAUUUUAAAAGUUAUAACUACUAUUGUGAUUUAGAAAUUAACAACAGCUCCAUUUGCAUGUUCCUGCCUAGUGGAGCAAGUGGGAAGGACAACCAUUUUGAAGAUACUGUAUUAUAUAUUGUACAGUCGUACUUUGGAAGCCGAACGCCCUGGAACUCGGACGGUUUGGCUCCCGAAUGCCACAAACCCGGAAGCAAGUGUUCCGGUUUGCGAACAUUCUUUGGAACCGGAAUGUCCGGCGCGGCUUCUGAUUGGCUGCAGGAGCUUCCUGCAGCCAAUCGGAAGCUGUGCCUUGGUUUCUGAAUGUUUUGGAAGUCAAACGGACUUCCGGAAUGGAUUCAAUUCGUCUUCCGAGCUACGACUGUAUUAUAUAAUAAAUUUAUCUACUGUCCUUCACCCAAAGUUCACAUAUGUUUACAAUAUAAAAACACAAAGGCGUCACAUUAUUUUUUUUUUAAAGCACGUUUAAAAGGCCAUAGGUUGUUUAAUAGCUUCCCCAUGAAGACGCAUUCACUAGAGCCCCCUGCUGGUUGGGAGCACCUGCCCUUAGGCUCUUGUUGUUGACCGUAAAGGAAUCUGUAGGGAAGAAAAGGGUUGAAUUGUGCAAAGUGCGUAGGAGAGGGAAUGGGCGGGCCUCAUCCCCAGUGGGAAGAACAGCGGAAGCACUGAAGCAGGAUGGAAUCGUCUGGGCUGGGGCUGGGCGUGGUGCAAGCAGGAAAAUGCCGCGGGAUAGUUUUUAAUGAAGCGCAAGUGGCCAGGGCCGGGCUGCGUGUUUCAUGGGUGAAUCAUCACAAGUGGGAGGCCUUGGCAUGAGUUAUGGGGUAGGCUUCCGUGGUGGCUAUGCAGGCACAACCAUGUUCCCAGCCUUGGCCUGCUGGAAUCAGAAGACACACACAGAAGCUUCAGCAUCUGACAGACUGGGGAAGUCAAACGAAGAAGCCACACUUAGUUCCCACAAAAGAAAUGUGGAAAUCCAUGUUUUUUCUCCACGUCUGCAGUUUCUGAGUAUAUUCAGCCACAUACAUGUCCUCACCGCCAUAUAUUUCUCCUCAUCUAUUGUAACCCAGCAUCUCACUCUCAAAAUGCUAUGAUAUUCAGAAUUACAAAAUUCAAACAGCAUUGUUUUGGCCUAAAAAAAUUAAAAGUUAGGGAGAAAAACUCCAGCUUGGGUUGAUAUUCUGUUUAUGUACUCAGUGCAGUCCCCUAACCUGUACACAUAAUGUGAAAACAGAUACUGUAUUUACUAAGCAGGUGCAGUUAGAUAUUACACAUGUAGCAAUGAACUUGAUCACCAACCUAAACUCUCCCACCAGCCUGCUCCACUUGCCCAUAACAUGGAUAUGGCUCCUGAUGCCCUCCAGAUGUUGUUGGACCACAAUUCCCAUCAUUCCCUGUUGGCCAUGCUGGAUGGGGCUGAUGGGAGUUGUAGGCUAAUGACACCUGGAAGGCAACUGGCUCUCCAUCCCUGACCUAAAGCAUUGGCCAUGUCCUGCCACAAAAACAGUCUCUUGCCCCAAAUCUAAAUUUUCACGGUGUGGUUAGUAAAGAUCCUUAGAAUGACCCAUUGCCAUCCAGGGUCCUGCAUUAUGCAUCUACAGCAGUGAAUGCUGGUGGGGAGGGGCCUGUGGAAAAACAGGUACAGUCAUACCUUGGAAGUUGAAUGGAAUCCGUUCUGGAAGUCCAUUCAACUUCCAAAACAUUCGGAAACCAAAGUGCAACUUCUGAUUGGCUGCAGGAAGCUCCUGCAGCCAAUCGGAAGCAGCAGAAGCCCUGUCAGACAUUCGGCUUCUAAAAGCAGUUAGCAAACCAGAACAGUAACUUCCAGGUUUGCGGUGUUUGGGAGCCAAAACAUUUGAGAACGAAGCUGUUCGAAAACCAAGGUACGACUGUAUUAUGUGUGGCCUAUUUGCCUUGAACCAGGUUGAUGACCCUUGUCUCCAGUUCCCAUCGUUCCUUGGGGCCCAACCUAGAUAUAGCAUCAGUUGUGUGAAUGCAGUUAACAUGCACACUUUCUGUAAUGUAAAUGCUAAUAGAAGCCAUUUGGGUGGUGGGGAGGGAGAGAAGUUAACCCUUUCUGCCCUGCCACGGUCAUGAUGAAAGUUUGUCUUAUUUCUACUGGCAUGAUGAAUGGGAUCAGACUGUGCAUUGGAAAACAACAAAAGUUUCUGAUGAGUUGGUAGUGGUUAGAGGGCAGUUGGAACCAUCUUGUUUACAUGAAGAGAACAAGGCUGCUGUGGCCCUGGGCAAAGGGUGUGGUGGUGGCAAAGUCCUUUUUGUAGUUUGCUCCUUCUCUUUGUCCCUGUUGUUAUCCAAGGUGGGGCCAGCAUCAAAACCCUGGACAACUCUCAGCCAAGUUCUUUGGAGGUCUGAACUGCCGUCUUUGGACUAUGCAAUAAAUGUUGGGGUAUAUAUUUUUAUAUGAACUGGGCUAUAGAAGCAGGCUGCGUUGAGCACUUUGUCCCUGUGUCUUCUCCUGGGAAUGGUGGUGUGAGGUGGGAAUGGGCGAUGCAGGCUUUGCUCCCCCUGUCACAGUGCUCCCUUCGCCCACAGCUCCUUACAAGUGUGCUCCCUGCAGGAGAUUCGUGGGGGAUCCUUGCCUUCCUGUGUGCCACGCUCUGGAACCUGCCUGUGGUGCCUGCACUGAACAGCACGGACCAAGUGACUACCACCAGACAGUCUAUCCAGCAGACGUACGACCUUACUCGCUACCUGGAACACCAGCUGCACUCGCUUGCGGCUACUUAUGUGAGUGUAGAAGCUUGGAGAGGGUUGGGGACUACUGAGUUGAGCAACCUAGUAGGAAACAGCUCUCCCUUCCCUUGCGUGCCCUUUCUUCUUCCUCUUCCUGCCCAGACUCUAUUCCCUCUCUGUAAACUGUGCUUCACUGUCUCUUUCAUCUCUGAUGUCUCUGUCGCUAGGUGAGGUCAGGCUGCGUUUCUCUCUCUACCGAGUUGAGAAUCCAGUGGAUUGCAGGCACAUGCAUAACUUUAAUCCCAAAAGCUCAGUGCAAAGAGGAGUGUGUCAACAGGCGACAGCAUCUGCCUCCGCUCAGUAUGUGGGGAAGGGAUUCAUGCAGGCAGACAUUCUAAGACUUUAAACUGCCUGCAACACCCUCUUAACAACACCAUCUGCAAAACACGCCACCCCCACCCCGAAAUUUCCUUCUGCAUGGUGAAUAGCUAAAAUACGGCUCUUUCCCCAGCCAUGGCCCUCACUUGGCAGAAUAUCUGACAUGCUUCCCCCUCCCUGCCUUCAGGCACCGGUGGAGUCUCCCUGUUUACAAUCUGUUGUGCAUCUCUUGCUGGGGUGAGGUGAGGCCUUGUCUGUCAGAACUCGCCAGGGAAACGCCCGGCUGCGUGGAGAGCAGAGACUGGGGGCAGACCCUCAUCUAUCUGCAUGGCAUCCCUGCUCCCUGGCCUACCUGGCAUUCCAAGCCCUACCCCUUGGCUGCGUUCCCUGGCACUGAGCAUUCAUCAAGAGCAGUCACAAGAGUGAAACCAAGGUAUUGAUUUGGUUUGGGUAUGGGAAAGUGUAGAGGCUCAUAUUUUCCAGCAUAUCUGGGUUCAAGAAGCUUCCUUUUUUAAACACAAAAUUGAGAAGCCUGGAUCCCCAUAGGUAAAAUAAGAAGUGGACCCACACUGUGGUCUAAACCACAGAGCCUAGGGCUUGCCGAUCAGAAGGUCGGCAGUUCAAAUCCCUGCGACAGGGUGAGAUCCCGAUGCUCGGUCCCAGCUCCUGCCAACCUAGCAGUUCGAAAGCACGUCAAAGUGCAAGUAGAUAAAUAGGUACCGCUCUGGUGGGAAGGUAGACGGUGUUUUCUGUGUGCUGCUCUGGUUCGCCAGAAGCGGCUUAGUCAUGCUGGCCACAUAACCUGGAAGCUGUAUGCUGGCUCCCUCGGCCAAUAAAGCGAGAUGAGCGCCACAACCCCAGAGUCGGUCACGACUGGACCUAAUGGUCAGGGGUCCCUUUACCUUUACCUUAUGUCCAUCUUAUUUGUUGCCUUCCUGUGUGCCACAACAUCAACUGGAACAACAUUCUCUAACAGGGGCCCCCAGUUAUAACACAUAAUUCCCAUAAUGAGCCACUGUAUUGAAAAGCAUUAGAAAUACUUACUGGUAAUUAACUAAAGUUCCGCCCAUCAAGCAGAAGCCUGCCCCUCUAACAAAAGCCUGCCCACAAUAAUGCCCUAUUUUGGGGCUGUUUUUGUUUUUUUACCCGUGAUCUCCCCCAAAAAGCUCAACAACUCCCCCCACCAAAAAAAUCCUUGCUACGCCCAGGCCACUAGGUGGGGGCCUAAAUGCACAAUUAGCAUGUUAAGGCUCAUGGUUCAUCUGGAGGAAGAUAAACCAUAAGCCUGGCAUUGGACAACUUGCUAAGCCAAACCAUGACUUAGCUGGCGGCAGCAGGACCAGAGGAAGAGCAAAGGAGCCACAAUCUCCUCUCCAAGAGCCAGCAUGCUCACACGUAUGUGCUAAGUCAUGGUUUGGACCAGGUCAAUGUUUCAUCUGUCUUCACCUUCCUAUGAGGACAGUAAGGGUGAAUUCCUAUAGAGGCAAUAAUCUAACCCUUCAUGAGAUAUCACUGCAGAUUUGUGAUGCUUUGGAACAUUUGUGGUUCCUUUGGAUACAGCAGUCCUACCUCUUGAGGUUAUGGUUUUUAGGAGCCCAUCCCAUUUCCAUUUGACGGACAAAAAAUGUGUCCCUUCAUGCAGGCUUGAAAGGCCCAUACUUUUCUUUUCACCGGGCUCAUGUGCUCAAAGAUCCAGAAUGUGUAAAGAACACAAAUCUCCUUGCAAACAUUUUUUGGAGCAAGACAGGGGUUGGAAUUGUUGAGCCCUUUUGUUGAAAUAAGAAGUUACUGUUAAGAAGUUGCCUAUCUUUGGAGGGAGCCAGACGUUAACAGGGAGAGGCUAUUCCGUAGAGAUGCCGGGAGAGGAACUGGGGCAGUAAUAAAAGGAAUCUUCUCAUGGCUUAAGGAGAUUAAGACUAGGGAGGACUGCAUCGGCUACCAUUGGAGGUUAUGCUAUUUCCAGCAGAAAUCAGGCCUUCUCCACUAUCAGAGCUCCAGCUUAAAAUUUAGCACUGCGUAGGCCUGAUAUAAUAGCAUAUGCAACCAUUGCAUUUCAUUAUGAUUCCCAUAUUCUCUGUACGUCCUGAUGGUUGCCUCCUUACCUUCAGUGUUCCCGUAAGUAGGUUGGCAUUCACUGAUGCAAAAUGAUUGGCAAUCUGACUCAGCAGGACAGGAAAUGCACACCCAUGUGCCCGCAUGCGCACUGCCGCAUAGCCCCGGGGCUUCUGUAUCAGUAUAGAAAAAGGAAACCAGUCAGUUGUGCUGUCUUGUUGGCUGCUUCUUGAGGGAUGUUGUGAAAUUUCUGCCAAGGGAUUUCUACUGAAGCAAAGCUGCUCCCAUAUGUGGCGAUGUAAGCUGUGGACAGAGGAGGCUAUUCAAACAGCUGGGGGGAAAUGAAAUAAAACAUCUUGACAGCUGAGGAACACUGGGGUCACAGCUGCAUGGGUCUUAUUUGGGGGAUUGGAUGUGCCGUUCAAGUGCAUCAAAUCUCCAAAGUAGGAAGGCCCAAGGUGUUUUCAACCUGCAGUGGUCCUUGCCUGCUUGUUUGCUGGGUCAAUAGGGAGGAUUGCAGGAUUUGGCCAUCAUCUGCUGUGGUGGGCAUGAGCACAUGCAAGGGGGGGAAGUGCCUGCCUUUCCUUUCUAUGCUCCCAGCACUAAGUCCAGUGGCAUCUCUAGCUGGGACCAUGGACAACCACUGUCUAGGCCAGACCUUACAACAAGGGUGGUGUGAAUUUCAGCAGCUCUGUGCAAAUAUAUGAUUUGCAAUUCCUGAGAAUUCUCUGCUUUCUAAUCUUUUAAAACAACAACAACAGAAAACCAAUUUUCUAGCCCAUACAGCUUCAAAGAUAAGUUCGAAUAUAUAUAUAUCAACAACGCCUGAUAAAAUCUCAGAAAACUAAGAGAUUCCCAUAGUCACUUUUUGAUCCUUCUCAAGAGUAGAUGAAACAGAAUAAAUGGUAAAAAGCAAACAAUCCCCCACCCCAUAAUUUCUACAGGAACCUGGCCUUAGUGUUUCCUGGCAUAUUUUUUUAAUAACCUUGAAACAUAAUUUUGGUACCUACCCAUCUUAAAAUUUAAUACAGAGCAAAACUCUAGUGUCCAGAAGAGAGCAUUCAGGCAGAAUCCUUUUGAGCACUGCUGCUGUUGCUGCCCAAAUUUCAGUUGCAUUGUAUUCCCUUCUCCUUGCUCCCACCCAACACUUUCAGCAAAGCUUACCUUGUGGCUCACUUUUAGCAGUUCUGUACUGAUGCUCAGGGAAGCCUGAGAGCCAAUGCACUCUCCUUCAAGAGACCGUUCCUUCCUUUGCCCAUAGAAACAACUUGUUUGUAAGAAAAGCUUGACUGCAACCUGCGCUUUGAAGUCUUGUCUUUUAAAAUUUGUGUUUUUACUAUUGGCGGGACUUCUCUCUCUCUCUCUACUCUCUCUCUCUCUCUAUUAUUGAUGUGAGCUGCUUUCAGAGACCAUCAUUGUCUGAAAAGCAGGAUAAGAACGUAAUAAACAAAUGAAUGAAGGCUCAGAAGCAAAACAAACAAAUAAACAAAAAAACGCACCCAAAUUAAAAGAACCCAAAAUAUCAUUUUGAAAUCUUUUUGAGAUUCACUGGUGGGAUGGGGUGAGUGUGAGGAUAGAAUUCAUUCCUUUUGACCACUUAAGGACAACAGCAUGGCUACAGGCGGUGCACAUGCUGGCCCAAGGUCCUUGGUUUGCCUGAGGGCCACUGUCUGUAUUACGCCCUACAAGAAAAGGCAAAAUGGGAAAGGCAAGCCUGUGUGCUGAAGGCCCACACAAACCCUCUUUAGAUUCUUCAGUAACACGUCUCCCAAUUAGCUUCCCAUCUGACUGCCUCACGCCAUCUUCUUUGCUUAUUCUUAUUUACUUAUUGCAUUUAAAUUCUGCCUUUCCUCACAGGAGCACAAGGCGGCAUGCAUAGUUCACCACUUCCCUGUUUUAUCCUCCCAACAACCCUGUGUGGUAGGUUCAGCUGAGAGUGAGUGACUGGCCCCAAGGUCACCCAAGGAGGUUCCUGGCUGAGUCAGGGUUUGAACCUUGGUCUCCCGGGUCCCAGCCCAGUGCUCUCAUCACUACACCACACUGGCUGUCUAAAAGAAAAGAAAAAACCCACUUCCUUUCUUUGAUCUUAAAGUCCAGGCCCUUUAAGUAUUAGAGAAGUCACGCUUCAGCUUUCCUCCCCCUGCCCCCCCCCCGCUGGUCUCAUGGCGUUGGCCACGUCCCAGCCUGCUCUGUGAGUUGGUUUCUGCUGGCGUGUUGUUUGGGGAGAACCCGUCCCUACUUGCCCCCGGGCGACACAGAGGAAAUUAAUUUGUCUCCUGAGCUUGUCAGAUUGUUCACACAGCCGCAGGCUUUGACACACCUCCCUUCCGCUCUGUGCUUCACCCCACCCGCUCACCCCGCUGCCUGGGCAAUCCUGCUGCCCCUCAGGGCACCAAUGCUGGCAGAGGGGGGUGGGGCGGGGAAUCCCAGGAACGCAGCUUAGCAGGGCAAGCGGGUGUGAAUAAAUGUGUGUGUGUGUUUGCGUGUGUCUACCAGAAUAUUCAGGGCAAAGCAGGGAUCUCUCACUAAGUGCCUAUCUGACCGUGCUGCAGUUGCAAUAUGUCACCGGGUAAAAAGGAGAUAAUCAGCAUGUCAGUGGAUCCCAUAAUAUUUGCAUGCACCGGGCACACAUACACAAUGCAGCUGUUCAGACUAAUAAAGGAUGUCAGUGUGCGCUCAUGCCUGGUGUUGUUGUGCAUAUCGCUAAGGAAUUAAAAUUGCUCGCUCUCAUACUGCCAUACCUCACCGCCUCACUGAGUGGGAGCAGGAGGAAGAGCUUGUGGAAAGGAUGAGUGGAAUGGUAUGUGCAACUGCGCUACUCCCGUAUAAUAAGCAUGUCUAACCACCCGCUUGUCUUUCCACCCUCAGCUCAGCUACCUGGGGCCACCUUUCAAUGAGCCGGACUUUGAUCCUCCCCGGCUAAUCGGGGCAGAGGCUGUGCCCAGCGCCACCGUGGACUUUCAGGAAUGGCACAGCCUGAAUGACAAUGCCCGGCUGGCAGCCAACUACCAGGCCUACAGCCACCUGCUGUGCUACCUGAGCACCAUGGAUGGGAAAUCCCCAGUCGCCAUGCCCACCCUGCGCCACAGCCUCGCACACUUCCGCGCCAGCCUGCAAGGGCUGCUGGGCUCCAUCGCCGGCAUCAUGGCUUCCCUGGGCUACCAGCUUCCGCCCACACCGACGGAUGGUACGCCUCCGCUCCGCAGCCAGUUCCUGCGCAAGAUGGACGACUUUUGGCUGCUCAAGGAGCUGCAGACCUGGCUGUGGCGCUCGGCCAAGGACUUCAACAGGCUGCGCAAGAGGGUGCCCCCUUCUGCUGUUAUGCUGCACCUCGAGAGCAGGGGCUUCUGAGCCCUGCCCUUCACCAGCCUCUCUGCCUUCGCCUCGUCCACUGGCGUCAUACCUGCCCCUCAAGGCCAGGGGCUUUCCAGAGCCCCCCCCCCGAACCCACAGCCUGCCUGCCCCUCUCCACCUCCAACCCACCUCCAACCUGACUCCUGCUGCCACACCUUCAUGGUGCUGCACUGCUCUCUAUUAUGAAGCCGUGCCUCUAGGUGAGCAAACCCACACCUAUCUGUUUCUUCCUUCCCUUCCUUCCUCCGCCUUCUCAGUGGCCUGCCUUUCUCUUGUUCUUCCCAGAGGGGGCCAUUAAUUUUCCAGGAUCAGAUGAAAAGCCCUGCUCCCUCCCACCCCAGUGAUGAGCAAUAAAGCCCUGGCUGCAGGGCAGCGAACAUCUGGCAGCCUCCACCUCUGGCACUCUGCUCUCCUUAAAUGGAGCUCCCCCAGAGCCUGGGUUCCUGCUUGUGCUCUCUCUCUCUCUUUCUCAUAGAGGAUUGUGCCAAUUAGGUGCUUACGAAGGGGGUUUACUUCCCACAAACCUGCCUCUGAUCAAACCCACUGGCUCAAGAUGAUGCCCAGCUCUGGCCUUCCUUUUGGGCCAUGAACUCUGCAGCAGGGGUGGGGAACCUUCCUGAAGCUGGGGGUCACAUCCUCACCUGGUUAAUUCUUUCAGGCGCCAAAAGCAAAUCAGACAGAGCCAGAGCUUGCAGCAGGUGGAGAUACCUUAUGCCGUCUUUCACCCCCCCCCACACAUGUGCACAGACAUGCAUGCAGAGAACUUCCCUCUCUGCAGUCUCAUCUCUAUCCACCAGCUGCUCAGGAGAUUGGGUGGCAGAUGAGUGGUGGGCUGCAAAGGGGGCUGCCCCACACUCUUUCUCAGACACAUGCAUGCACAUUGCGCUGCAAACAUGCACAACCUCCCCUCCCUGCAGUCUCCUCCUGACUGAGGAACAGAUGAGCAACAAGAAAGAGAGCAGUGUCCCAGGCCUGCUCCCUUGAUUCCUGAUCAGCUAGGCAGCAGGUGGGGCUGGAAAAUUGCAGGCUGGCAGUUCCCUACCCCUGCUCUAGAGGCAACCUCACCCCGCAAGGGCAAAAUGGGACUCUGAAUAGGCGUUGCAAUGAGGCAUGAAACAUAAGGGAUAUGGUUUAAUGCAGGCACUGGCGAGCUUUCAGCCUUUUUCUCUCUCUUUUGCAGUGGUCAACUCAAGAGGCUCCCCUAUCAUUCAUCAAAGCCAAAAGCUGCAGCAGAGUUGCCCACGGCAGGGACAUCUUCCUAG